GGGGGCACAUGAGUAAUAUGAGAAUGACAUCAUUUGUGAGAGUGGAUACUCCCCAGGGAGAUGGGGAGUGCAGGAGGAGGGAAAGAAAGCAGCAAUCACUUUGAAAGCUCUGGAUGGAUCCCAGCACACGGCAUGCUGGCAGACACCAGGUAUGACCGCUUUCGCAACGUCUCAGUAACUUCAACAGAGGAGCAGCAACAACUCGCAGCUGGAGACAUGAGUGGACAGGUGGCCCCUGGUUCUCCCACUGCAACACCCUCUCUGGGCCCACCAUUCUCAGAGCCACAGUAUGCUGAGGAGCAAGAUGUAGCAACCACCUUCUGUAUGAUGAUACCUAGGAUGGGGCAAUGGAAAUUUGCAAGCCCAGCUGCUUUUUUAAGUCGCUCCCCAUCAGGAGCCAGCAAAGAACUGACACUGGACAAAUCUGGGACUGGAGGGGGACUGGGGUCAGUGUUUGGAGCCUGUGAUCCCGUAUGCUCCACACCUUGUACUCUGCAAGUAAUUAACCGGUUGAGAGGGGGUGAAAGAGGGGGAGGGAGGAAGGUUUCACGGACAGAGACAUACAAACUCUCAGGUGAAGAGUGGAACCGUAAAGGGACUUUUAUCAGCAAACCAGCUCAGGGUUGGCUGCACCCUGAUGAACAAUUGCAGGGCCCUGGGGUCUCAUAUAUUGUGAGGGUAAGUGUUGUUAUAGCAUGAAGAUGGGAAUAUAUUAAAAGCUAGCUCCACCAGUAAGAGAAAUUAAUGGUAUAUUAGGGUGGGAUUUUAAUUGUGAUAAGCCUGAUGCAUGAAGAAAUUAAGGGCAAUGAAUGCAUGCACUUGCAAUUACAUUUACGUAUGUAGCGCCAACAUAUUCCACAGCGCUGUACAAUAGGUAAACAAGACAAACAUUUAAUUCUAACAAAACAAGUAUGACAUACGGGAGCAGUAGGUGAAGAGGGCCCUGCCCAAACAAGCUUGCAAUCUAAAUUCAAUGCAUAUUAGGUGAUAGAAGAUACAGAUUAGAAGAAUUGGUAGAAUGCAUUAUCAUUUGAGGACAAGAUCCACAGGAGGCAGUGGUUAAUUGUGUUUAGCACCAAGGUGCUUUUUCUAAGAUUACUUAACCCCUUGACUUUGUAACAGGCGCAUGACUGCGUGAGUGAUACGCCCAAAGCCUUACUGCUUAUUACUUUGUUCAAGGCCCUUUAAGAAAUGGUGAAGUGCAUUAAGGGGUAGUGUUGACCAGUGUUCUUGUGUAUUAAUCUGUGAUUGGCUAUCUCGUCUGAUUUUUAAAGGUGAUUGGAAGAAUGCUGAUGCAAUGUUUUUCUUCUUUUGUUUUGCUAUGUGCUGAUUGGCUACCGGUUCCUUUGUUUUGAAAGGGUGAGGGGAAUCGAGAGAUGUCAUCAUGUGCUUCUAGAUUCUAGAACAUGUUUUCUGACCUAUAUUAAUAAACCUGUUUCAUGACAUAACAACUGGUGUCUUACCUACUGGUAUAUUAAGAUGGAAUGGCAUCUUAUAGCAUAAUGGAGAUUCAAUGUUAACCACAAACAAAUUCAUGGUGAACCUGAGUGAGAUCAAAAUACGUUUAUAUUUGGAAUAAUGUAUUGCUGUACAAUAAAUACCAAGAAUCAUUGUAAAUCAGAACACAUAAUCCCCUGAGUAGUGGUAAUAAUCAAUAACACAUUUUAAAGAAAUAUUUUACUUUUCGUUACUAAAUAAACACUAGAAAGAGCAAGUAAUUUUAUUUUUCUUUAAGGAUGAUGGGGUGCUAGACUCUGCCCACUUAAUGUCAUGCACUCAAUGAAACAUAAAACAGCAAAACCCAAUGUAAAAUCAUGCCCUGUUCAUAAGGAUACAUACAGGAGAGAAACAACAACUACUUUAACCCCUUAAGGACCAAACUUUUGGAAUAUAAGAGAAUCAUGACAUGUCACACAUGUCAUGUGUCCUUAAGUGGUUAAAGAUGUCCAACUCCACCCCAAAUGACAGCACUAAAAAGCAGGACAAUGCACAACCCUAACUUUUUGUGCAGGCAAGUCCCGUGCAUCCAAUGCAAAUUCAGUGGUCAAUAUCAGAAACUCUGUUAAAAUAGACAAAGCAUCUCUACAACCAGAAAAAUGGGGAGUUUUUCACAUAUUAUUGGCUGCACAGCCAAUUGUCCAACCCUCAAAAAGGAGGAAAGAAAACUGCUGAACUAAUCAUGACAGACACAACAUCAUGUUUUUUCUAACACAUGCAACAAAAAUGGAAUAGGUCAGCUAAGGCCACAAAAGAAGAAGUGCGUUUACAGAACAGCCCCACCUGGUAUUUAAGAAAACUUUAGAACAAAAACUUUAGCAUGCUGUAGUGGCUAUGGUUCCAAGUGUCAAACUGUUCAAGAACUUAUCAUAAGACACUUAAGGUACUCCUGGCACCAUAACUGCUACAGUGUGGUAUAGUUCUAACAAUGCCUAGACGUCCUUAAUGCGUUCCAUCUAUUCAGUGUGAGAUGGUUUUCCACUAUUCAUACUCUUUCUUUACAGUAAUCCAAUUUCUCUUUUGUGUUAAUUCCUCAUACCAUAAGGUCCCCUCUACAGCAAAUAAGGAAAGGGAUUUAGGGGUAAUUAUUUCUGAUGACUUAAAGGUAGGCAGACAGUGUAAUAGAGCUGCAGGAAAUGCUAGCACAAUGCUUGAUUGUAUAGGGAGAGGUAUUAGCAGUAGAAAGAGGGAAGUGCUCAUGCCAUUGUACAGAACACAGGUGAGACCUCACUUGGAGUAUUGUACGCAGUACUGGAAACCAUAUCUCCAGAAGGAUAUUGAUACUUUGGAGAGAGUUCAGAGAAGGGCUACUAAACUGGUUCAUGGAUUACAGGACAAAAACAUACAAGGAAAGGUUAAAGGAAAGACGAGACAGGGGGCAUAUGAUAGAAACAUUUAAAUACAUAAAGGAAAUCUACACAGUAAAGGAGGAGACUAUAUUUAAAGGGACACUAUAGUCACCUGAACAACUUCAGCUUAAUGACAAAAAACACAUACCUUUUCUCCACCGCCGGGCUGCCUCGGCGGUGGGGACUCUCCGCCUCCUUUCCCGUCAUCGGCUGAAUGCGCAUGCGCGGCAUGAGCCGCACGCGCAUUCAACCAGUCCACAGGAAAGCAUUCUCAAUGCUUUCCUAUGGACGCUGGCGUCUUCUCACUGUGAAAAUCACAGUGAGAAGCGCGGAAGCGCCUCUAGCGGCUUUCAAUGAGACAGCCGCUAGAGGCUGGAUUAACCCAUAGGUAAACAUAGUAGUUUCUCUGAUGUUUACAGCAGAAAGGGUUAAUCCUAGAUGGACCUGGCACCCAGACCACUUCAUUAAGCUGAAGUGGUCUAGGUGCCUAUAGUGGUCCUUUAACAAGAAAAACUACCACAACAAGAGGACAUAGUCUUAAAUUAGAGGGACAAAGGUUUAAAAAUAUCAGGAAGUAUUACUUUACUGAGAGGGUAGUGGAUGCAUGGAAUAGCCUUCCAGCUGAAGUGGUAGAGGUUAACACAGUAAAGGAGUUUAAACAUGCAUAGGAUAGGCAUAAGGCUAUCCCAGCUAUAAGAUAAGGCCAGGGACUAAUUAAAAUAUUUAGAAAAUUGGGCAGACUAGAUAGGCCAAAUGGUUCUUAUCUGCCGUCUCAUUCAAUAUUUCUAUGUUUCUAAAUUCACAAAUUCCUCAUGGACUCUAAUCUUACAUAUUAGGUGUAUUCACUAAAUAAGAGGAAUAAAGAAAUGUCAAGUUGUCACCAAAAUAGGUGAGCUGAAAAAUAAUCAGACUUAGAGAUGAUUUCUGUUUGGCUGUUAAUUUUAGCCUAAGAUGUCUGGUUUAGUGAAUAAACCACACAGGUUAUCAACCUUUAAAAAAAAAAAAAUCAGAAAGAGUGGCAGUAUUAACUAUAUUCAUUUCAAAAAUGUAAUAAUUUUAGUUAAAAGUGCUAAACAUUUACAAUGCUUAGCAAUACAAUCACCAUAUCAACAAGUACAACAUCUAGGUCCACAACCUCUUUAGAUUACCUUGUUUCAUUAACAUGUAUAGUAUAUUUGUCACUGCACUUGAACCUGAAACUAUCUUUUAAUAUUUGCCAAUAAAACAAAUCACCAUAUUAUCUGGUGUCUGGGUGUAUGAGAGACAUCUACAGUGUAUCUAUGUAAACUGGUGACCUGUACUAAUUGGUUAGUUUUCUUAGCACCUGAUCCAAGGAGAGAAGAACACAAUUUUCACCAUCUAGAAAUCUUAGAUAACAAUACAUCAAGCAGGAGCUCCCAAUGUUGCCCUUGAAGACUCAAGAUGGUGUGUAUUUUCCCCGUAUUCCUUUUUGAACAAAACACACGGUUACCAUGGCACACCAAGAACAAGCCAGGGGAUCCAAUAUGUCCAGUGUGUGUAUUGCUUUAAACCCGAGGAAGAGAUUAAAACUCUUAAAAGCUUGUCUUUAAAAUAUUAUAUUGGUCCAAUAAAAAAAGGUAUCAUUGAAUACUACAAAAUACUCAGGUAUUUUGGCAAAAAUAAAUAAAUAAAUAUAUAUAUAUAUAUAUAUAUAUAUAUAUAUAUAUAUAUAUAUAUAUAUAUAUAUAUAUAUAUAUAUAUAUAUAUAUACACACACACACACACACAAUAUAUAUACACAAUAUAUACACACACACACAUAUAUAUAUCUAUCUAUCUAUCUAUCUCACAUAUUUUCCAUAUGUAAAGGUAGCAGUAAGAAUUAACGAUUUAUUGUUAGUACUUAAAGAUAAGAAUUUGAGAUGUCCAGCUUAGACCUAAUUUAUAAAUUCCAUCAAUCAAGACCAAGUCAUAAAAUCCUAGAAUGCAUUUGUCCUUUAUUAUAGAGCUGUGUGUGUGGUAUGUUGAAUGAUGAGUAUAUUCUUAAAUGAUACUUGUAGAAUUGGGGGUUUAGGGAAGAGAGUACUUACAACCAGUCCCAGAAGGAUGGAGUCAUUACAUCACUCAAGAGAUGAUGAAUAUUUUUACUCAAAUAGCACUAGGUAGAGUUAGAUCAUUUUAGAAAUGGCAUUGUUAAAGAGAGAGAGUUUGCCAGCCUAAAUUCUCUAAAAUCCAAAGUAAUAUAUUUGGAGAAGGCAAGCUAACAUUUGCUAAAACAGAAUGAGAGAUUAAGAACAUCUUUACAGUAUCUGCCAAGAGGGAGAGGGGCUCCUUAUAUGUCUCAUUUUCUGGCAUCACUCAAAACAGCUGGUUAAUUAGAUUACCUUUCUCUGAAGCCAGAUGCAGGACACAAAUCUAGAGAGGUGGAAGGAGGGAGCAGAAAGAAAGACAGAGCUGAAUGUGCAAAUAAAGGCCCAUAGAAACAAACGUUUGCAUUACAAACAUUUGAACAAAAAAAAUUUGAUCAGAAAGUUCUUUUUUUUGUCAUGUUUUAUGCAUUGAUUUUUAUAUGAAUACUGAAAUAAUCACAGUGUACUUAAAAAAAAAAAAACAUUUUUUUUUUUAGUAAUAUUAGGCAUAAAAAUAAACUAAUACAAGCAUUAAAAAACAAAACAAAAAAACUGUAUUAAAGUCGCUCUAUAACCAAAAAUUUACUUAAUCUGAUCAGUUACAUAUGGCUAGCUCCCAGUGUCUGAAUCGGUUUUUGUUUUUUGCCAAGUGCUGUAGUUUUCAAAAUAUACAUAAAAAAGGCAAGGGCUUCUUUUCCUUACGUAUAGCAGUCAAGUUGACAAAACUACAGGUAGAGCUGAAAGCACUGAUAUGUUUCAGUUCCAAUCAAGUGUCGACCACAAUUCAUGAACAAAAAUAAUCCCACAAAAGGGACAACAGCAUACAUCAUGGCCAGAAGAGAACAAAAUGUCUGCACCCAGAUAUUGAGAUCCAGUGCAAUGAAAAAAGAUAAACAUAAAUAAAUGCAAGUGUCAAGGAGUGUUAUCAUUGAGAUACAGGGACCAUAAGGAAAGGAAGAAAAAAACACUACAGGGCUGCUUUAACUCCUUAAACAGCGGGCAUACUAUGCUGCCCUUAGGGACCCGAUCCUAAACGCCGGCAGGUGGCAUAGUACGUCCUUGCUGUCCUUUCCACUCACCUGUUCACCAUCGAUCUCCCGCCAGCAAUCGCGAUGGGGAGAGUUGCCAGGCAGUCCCCCUGUGGAUGAUCCGGCCCUCCCGGGCCAUUUAAUGGUGAUGACUAUCGAUCACAUGGACGGAAUAACCGUCCAAAGCAGUGUCUGCAGGGGCCUGCCUGGAAUAACAGUCAGUCCCCCUGAUACCUGAAACAAAGUUCAAUGACGAUUAAAGUUUAAAAGUAAAUUAAAUAUACUUAGAUCACAUAUGAGGAAGACCUGAAGAGGUCGAAACGUCGAUCAGAUGUAUGUUACCUGUUAUUAAAUAAUAUCGAGUUUUUUUACAAAGACCUGAGAGUGCAUCUCUUUCCUUUUUGCUUUACAUAUCCAGCGUGGGAUUGCACCAAGGCAGUCUUUUACUGAUUCAUUGAAAGGGUGAGUGCCACUAUACUUGUAUAUGUGUAUACAUAUAUAUAUACACACACAUAUAUAUAUAUAUAUAUAUAUAUAUACACACACAUACAUACAUACAUACAUACACACACACAUACAUUAUGUCUCUAAGUGUAUUUUAAUAUUAAUUUUAUUAAUAUUAAAAUACACUUAAAAUUAUAUUAAUUUUACAUAUAUAAAAUAAAUUAAUACAAAUUAUAUAUACAUUUGUAAUGUCAUUCUAAUUGUAUUUUGAUAUGGUUAUUUAAAUUUUUUUAUAUAUAUAUAUAUAUAUAUAUAUAUAAUUAAUUUGACCGUAUGGUAGCCCAGGAAUGAUAACUGCCCCCAUGAUGGUAUACCUUUAAAAAAAAUAGGCAAGCCAAGGUAUUGCAAAUGGGGUAUGUCCAGUCUUUUCUAGUAGCCACUAAAAGUAAACACUGGCCAAAAUUAGCGGUAAAAUUAGUUUUUUGCAUUUUUUACACACACAUAAAUAUGAACGCUAACUUUGGCCAGUGUUUGUCACCUUCACCUUCUCACCAAGAUGCUUGGCGAUGGUCUUGUAGCCCAUUCCAGCCUUGUGUAGGUCUACAAUCUUGUCCCUGACAUCCUUGGACAGCUCUUUGGUCUCGGCCAUGGUGGAGAGUUUGGAAUCUGAUUGAUUGAUUGCUUCUGUGGACAGGUGUCUUUUAUACAGGUAACGAGUUAAGAUUAGGAGCACUCCCUUUAAGAGAGUGCUCCUAAUAUCAGCUUGUUCCCUGUAUAAAAGACACCUGGGAGCCAGACAUCUUGCUGAUUAAUAUGGGAUCAAAUACUUAUUUCAUUCAUUGACAUGAAAAUCGAUUUAUAACUUGUGUUGACAUGCGUUUUUCUGGAUUUUUCCUUUUGUUAUUCUGUCUCUCACUGUUAAAAUACACCGACCAUUAAAAUUAUAGGCUGAUCAUUUCUUUGUCAGUGGGCAAAUGUUCAAAAUCAGCAGGGGAUCAAAUACUUUUUUCCCUCACUGUAAAUAAUGGUUGAACAAGCAUAAAGCACAAAUUCUAGGUUUUGUUUUGGUCAAAAUGUGUACAUUUGCCUCUGUCUUUAAGGGGUUAAUAUCAAUGUGUAAAUGCAGAGUGUCAAUGUGUGUGUAUGAAAAUAGUGGUAUGUUAGUGUGUGACCCUCCAGUUGUCUCUUUAUUAGUAUCCCAAUCACCAGAUAUGUUUUUCCCAGUAUUCCAACACCACUUGUUCCCUUAUUUAUCUAUCUAUCCCACCCCACUUGUGCUCCCUGUAAUCCUACCUUCUAUCCCAACCUCCACUUGACCACCUCUAUAUUCCACUCUCACUUGUGUCUCUCCCUUUAUUUCACCUCAUCUCAUGUCUUCCCUUCUAUUUCAUCUCCCCACUUCUGUGUCUUUAUCUCCCACAUACCUGACAGGCUGGGUGCAUGCUGCUGGCUCCUCAUGGUCUCUGCACAUAUUUUAGUAGCUUCUAAGCAUUCUCAUUGUGGAAGGGUGGGGCUAUGAUGUAAGAUCCUUUCCCUGCCUAUCUCCCCACACUGGAACAAAACAGUUUCAACUUAUCUUGCCUAAAAGAGAUGAAAAAGCAGAUGGCUAUCAUGCAACUGCAAUGAAGGAAGAAUUAAAGGGGCUUUUGAAAAAAAAUUCCAAGGACACUUUGAGGCACAGAUAUCAAUUACUACCUUGAAAAUUUACUACCAGGGCCGGCGCUACCUGUAAGGCGACCUAGGCAGCCGCCUAGGGCGCAACUUAGCAGGGGGUGCUGGAACGCUGCGUCUUUAUCUCUCACAUACCUGACAGGCUGGGUGCAUGCUGCUGGCUCCUCAUGGUCUCUGCACAUAUUUUAGUAGCUCCUAAGCAUUCUCAUUGUGGAAGGGUGGGGCUAUGAUGUAAGAUCCUUUCCCUGCCUAUCUCCCCACACUGGAACAAAACAGUUUCAACUUAUCUUGCCUAAAAGAGAUGAAAAAGCAGAUGGCUAUCCUGCAACCGCAAUGAAGGAAGAAUUAAAGGGGCUUUUGAAAAAAAAUUCCAAGGACACUUUGUAAUACAGAUAUCAAUUACUACCUUGAAAAUUUUCUAUCAGGGCCGGCGCUACCUGUAAGGCGACCUAGGCAGCCGCCUAGGGCGUAACUUAGCAGGGGGCGAUGGAUCCCUGCGCCCGGAAUCACCGGUGCGGCUCCUCAUGUUGCGCCACCUGAGCACUUUUACAAGCCUCAGGCGGCGCAGCACUGCUGUAUGGAGGGCGGCCGGAUUUGAGUGACCGGCAGGAGGGAAGCGCAGAGCGCUCCCUCCUGCCGGUCACUCUAUGUAGCGUGGCGGCCGGGUACAGGAAACAGAAGUAGGCAGGAAGGAAGAGGAGGGUAAGGACCACUAGGGGAGGGGGGAGGGUAAGUACCAAUAGGGGAGGGGGGUAAGGUCCACUAGGGGAGGGGGGACCACUGGGGAGGUGUGGAGUAGUAGGACCACAGGGGUAGGGAGUAAGGACCACUGGGGGAGGGUGGGUGGAAAGUAAGGACCACUGGGGGAGGAGGGGGAGUAAGAACCACUGGGGGAGGGUGGGGGUAGUAAGGACCACUGGGGAAGGGGGGUGAAGGAACACAGGGGGAGGGCUAUGGGGAGUAAGGACCACUGAGGGAGGGGAGGUAAGGACCACUGAGGGAGGAGGGGGGGAGGUCCACUAAGGGGUUUGGGAGAGGGAGGACCACCAAAGGGGGGGAAGGAGGGAGGACUACUAAGGAGAGGGGAGGAGGGUAAGGACCACUAAGGGGAGGGGAUAAUGAACACUGGGGGGGGAUUACCACUAAGGGGAUGGGGGAGGAGGGGAAGGUCUACUAAGGGGUUUGGGAAAGGGAGGACCACUAAGGGGUUUGGGAGAGGGAGGACCACUAAGGGGAGGGGUGGAGGACCACUAAGGGGGGGAGGGGGAGUGAAAAGACCACCAAGGGGGAACUGCAGAGGGACAGGGGGCCAAGGGAGAGCACUAAGGGACAGAGGGGGAGAACACGGAGGGACAGGAGGGAAGGGGAAAUCAAUAAUUGACAGGAGGGGAGAGCACUAUGAAAUAUUUUUUUUUUAAAUAAAGAGCUGCUCCCCUCUCAGUCCCUAUCCUACCCCACAAACCCUCUCUUUUACACUACACAUAUACACAAUGCAUCCCCCCCACACACACACACAAAAACAUACAAUGCAUUCCUACUAACACAAAGACACACCCGAAACACACAAUGCAUCCCUUUCCCACGUUCACACAAACACUCAUUCUCUUACACACAGAAACAAAAUGCAUCUCUUACACAAUCAAUGCACCCCUUACAGACACACACUGCAUUCAAUUACAUACACAGAAACACACCUUGCACCCCUUACACACACACACCCAGAAACAUACAAUGCAUUCCUUACACGCAAACACACACUGCAUCCCCUAUUAACACACUACAUCCCUUACACAAAUUGGUAUCCCUUUACACUACAUUCAAUAAGAACACACACAUUGCAUCCUCUACAAUAACACAUAAAACAUCCCCUACACACAUACACUCCACUUCCUGUGAGAGAACUCAUGGGUGGGCCAUGUAGGUUGAUUUAUGGGUGGGCAUUGUAGGCAUACUCACGGUCAAGCCCUUGGGGCCCAGACCUUGAGCUGUGUAAGGGGCCCUAAAAAAUGGAGCUGCUUCCUGUUCAUUAAUUGUUGUGAGCACUGUUAAAUCCAGAGAGCCUCUUCUACACCAGACCUGUGGAGCCACACUGAGCCCAUCAUCAGCCUCUUGUCCUCACCUGGUGGUAAGUAGGCAAUCCAAUAUAUUAUUAGUGGCACUAAUGUCUAAUUUACUACCCCCACAUUAAAUGGAUACUAUAGUCACCAGAAGCACUACAGCAUAAUGUAGUGGUUCUGGUGUCUAUAACCUGUGCCUGUAGGCUUUUUAAUGUAAACAGAGCGGUAUAUUGCAUAAUAUUUGAAAGAGGAAAGUUCCUUAAAUUGCUAAAAUACUAAUUACAAUGUGUACUGUGUCUGACCUAGUUAUUCAGGCACAAAGAUAUACAGACACACAGUCACAAAAGGCACACAUUCAAACAAACACAGUACUACAGGCACAUAAUCAUACAAUCUGCACACACAGGUACGUUGUCAUACAGACAUACAGUCAUACAGAGACACACACAGACACUCUCAUACAGAGACAUACAAUGACAUACAGACAUAGGGUUACAGACACUGUUCUACACAGACAUACAGUCAUAGUGUGACGUACAGACACAGUCAUACAGAGGCAUACAAACACAGUGAUACAGACACUGUCCUACACAAACAUACAGUCAUACAGUGAUAUACAGAAACAGACAUACAGAGACAGUCAUACACAGACAUACAGACAUAGUCAUAAAGACACACAUGCAGUUACAUACAGACAAACAGAGACACGGUCAUAUAGAGACAUACAGACUUAGGCAUAGAGACACAGACAUACAGACACUGUAAUGCACAGUCAUAUUGACAUACAGGCACAGUCAUACAAACAUUGUCAUAGACAGACAUACAGACACAGUCAGACACAGACAUUCAGACUCAGGCAUUCAGUCACACAUGCAGUUAUAACUAAGAAGUGUAAAUAAAUGUUGCUGUAUAUUUAUUUUUUUAUGUCCCCUUCAUUACUGGCAGGUCUGCUCUCCCUCUAUAAACCCUCUCUGUAGGGAGACCUGGCUACUUACAAGUUGUACCGCUCUGUGUCUGUUUGUGGAGGGUUGCUUCAGAGCUGUAAGUCUGCAGACAGCCGGGAGGGAGGACCCGGGGGAGAUCUAACCUGCAGCUCCGCUGGGUUCUCCUCUAGCAAGCGCGGAGUGUUGCCACCUUUACCAUGAUUACCACAGUAAUGCUCCGAAUCUCGCGAGAGGGAACUCUAGCAGCUCCUGAGGCUGCUAGAGUUCACUCUCACCACCAGGGCCCCCAGGGCUUCCCCACCAGGACCACCAGGGAUUAGUCUUGUCCCCCUCUCCCAGGCAAAGGUAAGCAGGAAGGGGGGACAUCAUUUUUAUUUUUAAUUUAAAAAAAUAAAGUGUAUAUUUAUUAAUUUGCCCUCCUACCCCCACAGACCCCACAGCACCAAAUAGCACCCACAUACACACACUGCCCCCCCAUACACACACACUGCUCCCAUACACACACUAUCCACAUACACAUACACUGCCACCCCAUACACACACACUGCCCCCGCAUACAGACACACUGCCCCCAUACACACACACUGCCCCCCAUACACAUACUGCCCCCAUACACACACAGCCCCCGAUACACACUCUACUCCCCAUACACACACUACCCCCAUACACACACUCCCCCCCAGAUACACACAAUUGCCCCACCAUACACACACACUGCCCCGCUUACACAUGCGGGAGCAGUGGGAGCAUGCACACCUGAGCUCUUCCGCUUAAUGAAGCUGGGAGCCGGAAUAUGACGUCACUCCAGCUCCAGGCAUCACCAGGCAUCACCAGACCCCACAGCACCAAAUAGCACCCACAUACACACACUGCCCCCCCAUACACACACACUGCUCCCAUACACACACUAUCCACAUACACAUACACUGCCACCCCAUACACACACACUGCCCCCGCAUACAGACACACUGCCCACAUACACACACACACUGCCCCAUACACAUACUGCCCCCAUACACACACAGCCCCCGACACACACACUCUACUCCCCAUACACACACUACCCCCAUACACACACCAUCCCCCAUACACACAUAUUUGUCACCAUACACACACACUGCCCCGCUUACGCAUGCACUGCCCCCAUACACACAACUACCCCCCAUACACACACACACUAACCCCAUACACACACACUACCCCCACACACACUGUACCCCCCCAGAGAUGUAUUUAUCGCAAGUCAAACAAGGCAUUUGCCUUGGGAGGCACUUUUCAGGGGGGCACCCCCAAACGCCAAAGGCAGAUCCCUUGCUUGCCUCGUGUCCUGGGUGGCUCAAGGGCUGGCCACUUUUGAGCCCCCCGAGGUGGGUGGCAGGCGGCGGGCAGCGAGGGAGCAUGCACACCUGAGCUCUUCCGCUUAAUGAAGCUGGGAGCCGUCUCCAGGCAUCACUAAGCGGCGCACAUGGGAGCUGAACAGGAAAAUCAGAGCUCCCUCACCGCCCACUCUGCCUGUCCCCGUCCCCCCACCCCACCUGCCCGCCCAGCAGUCCCACUGGACCACAGGUAAGUAAUCCACUCCUGCUCUCCCAGGGAGGCUGGGUGGAUUUAAAUUAAAAUAAAAAAAUAAUAAUUUGUGAGUGUUGGGGGAAAAGUGUGUGUGUGUGAGUGAAUGUGUGUAUGUGUGUAAGUGUUUAUGUGUUUGUUUCUGUAAGUGUGUGUCUAAGUGAAUGUGUGUGUGUGUGUCUGUAAGUGUGUGUGUCUAAGUGAAUAUGUGUGUGUGUGUCUGUAAGUGUGUAUGUGUGUGUCUGUAAGUGAAUGUGUGUGUGUGUAUCUGUAAGCGUAUAUGUGUGUGUGUGUCUGUAAGUGUGUGUGUCUAAGUUAAUGUGUGUGUGUCUGUGAGUGAAUGUGUGUGUGUCUAUCAGUAAGUGUGUAUGUGUCGGUCAGUGAGUGCGUGUGUCUGUCAGUGAGUGUGUUUGUCAGUGCGUGUGUCUGUCAGUGCUUGCGUCUGUCAGUGCGUGCAUCUGUCAGUGUGUGCGUCUGUCAGUGAGAGUGUGCGUCUGUCAGUGAGUGUGAGUCUGUCAGUGAGUGUGCAUCUUUCAGUGUGUGUCCGAGUAAUAGUGUGUCUGUCUAUCAGUGUGUCAAAUCAGUGAGUGUGUGUGUAUGUCAUUGUUUUUCAGUGUAUAUUAGAGUGUGUGUCUGUCAAUGACUGUAUGCAUCUAUCAGUGAGUGUGUGCGUCUGUCAGUGAGUGUGCGUCUGUCACUGAGUGAGCGUCUGUCAGUCAAAGUGCAGCCUUGACAGGAAGGAGUGGGGAAAGUCUAAAUUAGGAGGGGUGCCCAAGCACCGUCCUGCCUAGGGCAGCACAAAUCCAAAAUACACUGUGAUGGGAUUUCAACAUGGUUCAAAAUUUAGUAGGCCUGAAAUCUCCAUGUGGCAUAUACAAGUACAGGUGUUUGUUGUAUCUGUUAGUUAGUUACAUGUAGCUAAGAUACUGUCAUCAAUGUACUGAGCAUGUGCAUCAACUGUAGUCACAUUCCUUUGUCCUUAAAAGGAGUCAUACGGUCUGCCCAUAUUAGAUGAUCCUGAAUAUCCUGUUCACUGAUUGGUCUAAGGGUAUGUGUGAGUGGAGCUAUGAAUGGGAGGAGUUAUUGUUAAUAAAUAGCCUGUGCAAACUAUGCUCUGGGCUCAUACCUUUUGAACACAAGUUCAGUGUGAGACCCGAUUGGUGUGUAAAUAAAAGACCUGAUACUUCCUGAAGAAUUGUGUCCAUAUCUCUAUGUGUGGCUUCUGCGGUUUGUUACUGUUAUUCCUCCGGUAACAACACCACUGACCCCCCCCACACACACACUGUACCCCUCACACACACUUUACCCCUCAUGCACAAACUGCCCCACAUACACACACACACUGCACCCCUGUACACACACACACACUGCACCCCUGUACAAACACGCACACUGCACUCCUGUACAAACACGCACACUGCACUCCUCACACACACACAUAUUGUGUUUUAUAUAGACCUCCUAUAGACUGUAAGAUCGUUUGAGCAGGGUCCUCUUCAACCUAUUGUUACUGUAAGUAUUCUUGUAAUUGUCCUAUUUAUAGUUACAUCCCCCCUCUCAUGAUAUUGUAAAGCACUACGGAAUCUGUUGGCGCUAUAUAAAUGGCAAUAAUAAUAAUAAUAUUGAACCCCUCACACACAUAUUGCACCUCCCACACAUACACAAACACACACACACACACUACAGCCCCUAUCCCGGCAGUCCACACUCUGGGAGGGCACUACUGGCACCAUAACUACUACAACGUUAUGUAGUGAUUAUUGUGCCUGGAUUGUUUCUUUAAAUAAUCUACCAGUACCAUUCCCAAGAUUAGGGGCCCGGUAUAUGCCGCAGCGCUGUACAUAUAUACAACCUAAAAAAGGGUGCCUUUGAAAAAUAUUGAAAUAUUAAGGGCGCCUUGAAUCUAAAAAGUUUGGGGACCUCUGGGUAAUCCCUAAAUCCUGGACUGGUAGGGGUACUUGAGGACUGGGUUGGGAACCCCUGCUCUAGACCAUACUGGUUUAAUUUUUGUGUCAUGUUCACCGACAAUGAAGGAUAGAACCAUGUUGAAGAGAGGCAGGACAUGGCUGCUGAACGUUGUGGCAUUAAAUGCCAUCUGAAUAGCAUUUUGUAUGCCUGCUCUUUAUAUGUUACACAGCUGGUGAUUGAAUCAAUUGCCUCUCAAAUGUCAGACAAGUCUGUAGGUUUGUCAGGGGUUCCCAAGUCCUUUUCUCAUGCAGUAAUAUAGGGUAGAAAAAUCUGAGUUGAGGUAAGUGUAAGGCUAGAGAGAUGUAUAUGUAACGGCUACCCAGGUAGUAAGAGGGUAUCAGCCAUUGGAGGCGUCCUUUUCUUCCAGGCAAAUCGCUGUAUCGUUAUGGAGUCGCUCAUUCCCAUCCGCUGGAUCCAAGGCAGGUGUCAGGUAGAGCUCUUAAAAGAGCUAAGUGAUUAUGCUGCAUAUUCCCUUUCAAGAACGAGACAAGGCUACGUUUUGAAGGGUCAAGAAGAACUGGCUUUUAAUGGCAGGCACUCUCUUUUUAUUUGAUUCUGCCCAUAAAAGGGAGACACCCACAUAAUUAACAAAACAAUCAAUAAAACAUAAGGUACAUCCCACACAUCUCCUCCCCUCAAAUAAGCUUGUAACACAAUUAUGAGAGACUUAUUUUUCCCCAAGUUUUGGAUGUUUUAGCCCUAUUCUGGAGGAACAACAUACUAAAAAUUCAGCUCAUUUGGUUCAGCGGUUCGGGAGAUAUGGAGCUUUAAAGUUUUGACUGACUGCACUGGCAAAGUGGCCGAAAAUAGUUCCAUUAGUUUUGGCCUUGCGGUUGGUCUUUGUUUGUGCGUAAAAAGUCCCGAACGGCUUGCCAUCCGUGCAUAACCCGACGUUUGCCAGAAUCCCCAUAGGCUAUUAAGUCUUUCUCCCGAACAGCAGGUUGUUCGGUAGUUGUAGCGCGAUUUCCAGGUGCUAUGGAGGUCUCAGCGGUGUUCGCCUACUCGAGUGUCCGAUUUUAGUUCCAGACACUCGACGGCAAAACACCGCUGUUCGGGAGUUAAGAUGGCUGCGAACACGUGUAAGUCCCAAAAUGGUGGCCACCCAGGCACUUCGCAAAGCCUUCGUGGGUUUUCUAUGCGAAAGUACUUGUGGAUCAGGGAGGUAAAUUACCCAUAAUUGGGGAGCAUGGUGGUCCGGUAGUUUGCAUUCGUAUGAUGAAUGCUUCAAAUGUCCCCAACUGGUGCAUAGUAAAAUCCCCAUAAAAGCAGGUUAAGCUCUUCUAUUUGUUACAGUAUAUGUCAGAAAUGUGUCCUUUCCUGGCUCGGGAGUGUAGACAUUCAUUUUUGAAGGGGGUUAAUUGGGACGUCUUUGAAUGGGGUUAAAUUGGGCGUCCCAAUUAACCCCCUUCAAGGGUAGGGAGAAAGGUAGAGAAUGCAAAACUGAGAAUUUGUAUGUAAAAUAAUAAAAUGUUGUGCGAAAUGAGUAGUCAGGGAUUCCAGAUAAAUCUAUAACUUUGCAGUUAAUGUAAAGUUUCCUAAGUCUAGUGAUGACUCUGUCUUUUGAUUUUAAAGCAUAUAUGCUGUCAAUGCAGGUAAAAACAGUGCACUCUUUACAUUUUGAAGAUUCCACACCUACCAGUAGCUGUCAUUCAGACAGCAAUUAGGGGCUUCAGUCUGAAAUAAAUUCAGGUAUUGAGAGAGCAAGAGACAGGUAUGUAAGGUAGAGGUUAAUCUGGGAGGUCAUAAGCUUUCCUAAAAAGAUGGGUUUUAAGGCACUUCUUAAAUGAUGGAAAACUAGGGGAGAGUCUAAUGGCAGUAGGCAGGCUGUAUAGUUGCGAGAAGUGGACAAGAGAAGGUCAUGGGCAGAACGGAGAGACAGAGAAGGGGCAUACCUAUGGAUCUGUGAAGAGAUAUAAGAGGGGCUAGGAUUGUUCAGUGCUUUAUAGGUAUAGGUUAGCACUUUAAAUGGACUCCUAUAGGAUACAGGAAGCCAAUGUAAGGACUGACACAGGGGUGAGGUGUGAGAGGACCGACUAGAGAAGAAAAUCAGUCUGGCGGCAGCAUUCAUUACAGACUCUAGCAGGGCAAUAUGGCUUUUGGGAAGACCAAUUAGGAGAGGGUUACAAUAAUCCAUGCGGGAAAUUACUAGAGUAUGGACAAGCUCCUUGGUAGCAUCUUGCGUAAGAAAGAGGUGGAUACGGGCUAUGUUUUUAAGAUGGAAUCUACAGGAUUUGGCAACAUACUGGAUGUGAGGCUCAAAGGUGAGGCCAGAAUCAAGUAUGAUGCCAAGACAGCGCUCUUGCAAGGAUGAACUUGUGUGGAUACCACUAUAUUUGAAGGGGGAAUGAAAGAGGAGGAUCAGUAUUGGGAGGAGGAAAGACAAGGAGCUCAGUUUUAGAGAAAUUGUGUUUCAGAAAGCAGGAGGACAUCCAGUCAGAGAUGGAAGAAAGGCAAGCAGUGACACAUUGCAGGAUGGCAGGGUAGAGGUCCGGGGUGGAGAGAUAUUUCUGGGUGUCAUCAGCGUGCAGGUGGUAGUGGAAUCCAAAAGAGGUAAUAAGUUUGCCAAGAGAGGCAGUAUGAAGAGAAAAUAGAAGGACAGAACCUUGGGGGACUCCAACCGAGACAGGACGAGGGGAGGAGGUAUCUUUAAAAGAGGAGACGCUGAAUGUGUGUUGGGAGAGAUAAAAGGAAAACCACGAGAGGACAGAGUCACAGAGACUGAGUUAUUGAAGAGUUUGAAGAAGGAGAGCAUGAUCAACGGUGUCAAAGGCAGCAGAGAGGUCAAGAAGAAUUAGAAUGGAGUAAUGGCCUUUGGAUUUAGCUGCGAUUAGGUCAUCAGUAACUUUGAUAAGAGCAGUCUCAGUAGAGUAGAGAAGGCGGAAGCCAGAUUGAAGAGGAUCAAGGAGAGAGUUGGAAUUGAGGAAGUGAGACAUACGGCUAAAGACAAGUCUUUCCAGAAGCUUUAAGGAAAAAGGGCCAAGAGAUGUUUAUUUAGGAUAGGUACAACAGUGGCAUGUUUAAGGUCAGCAGGGACAACGCCAGAAGAGAGAGAGCAGUUGAAGAUGUGUGUUAAGGAAGGCGCAAGACAUGGGGAGAGAGAUCUGCUAAGGUGAGAUGAGAUAGGAUCGAGGGGGCAAGUGGUGGGGCGAGAGGAAAGGAGAAGUGCAGCCACCUCUUGUUCAGUAGCCAGGGAGAAGGUUUGAAGGUUAGGAGAGAAAGAGAAAGGCAGGGUGGGGAGAAUUCUUUCCUUUGGUGUUCAACCUUGUUGGUAAAGUAACAUGCAAAGCUAUUGGCUGAAAGUGUAGUUGGGGGGGGGUGGCCACAGCAGGGCAAAGAAGAUAAUUAAAGGUGUCAAAGAGAUGCCUGGGAUUGUGGGAGCAUGACCUAAUGAGAGAGGAAAAGUAUGACUGUUUGGUGAGGGCAAGGGCUGCGUUAUAUGAACACAAAAUUAAUCUAUAAUGGAGAGAGUGUGACUGGGUGCGGGAUUUCCUCCAGGAGAGUUCAACACAACGGGAGCAUCUGAAUACACACAGUGUGUGUAUGUGAGGGGUGCAGUGUUUGUAUGUAUUUGAGGGGUGCAGUGUGUGAUGGGUGCAGUGUGUGUAAGAGGUGCGCUGUGUGUAAGAGGGGUACAAUAUAUGUGACAGGGGUGCAAUGUGUAUGGGGGGUGCGUUGUGUGUGUGAAGGGUGUGCUGUGUGUGCGAGGGGUGCUGUGUGUGAGGGGGGUGCUGUGUGUGUGUGAGGAGGGUGCUGUGUGUGUGAGAUCUAUAGCCUGCAGCAGUUCCCCUGGCUGCAAGAUGUCUCAGUCCUCCCGCGAGCAAAAGGCUGUGUUGGAGGAAUGAGACAGCUGCAGGCCUCCCAGGUUCUCCCUCUUCUGCAGCCCUGGGUCCUAUCUCCCACCCUCCCUCUUACCAGCGAAGGGCCUUUGGGCUUGUGAGGGAGAUCAUUGAUCCCACCGGCCCAAGAGGGCCCAAAGGAAAAGUGCAGUGAUAACUUGGUUUGUACAGAAUCCAUCUUCUUGUAAGAUUUAUUUUUUGGGGGGGUGGUAAAGGCGUACAAAAACGCAUUUUUGCAUAGAAAAAAUAAAAAUUUUUUAGCAGUGACAAUACAAUAACAGACAAUAGACUUUUGAAUGUCUUAUUGCACAUUACUUGUAAUGUAAUAGUGUCCUAAAUACACAUACUUUGGGAGUCCUUUUAUAAUUAAUCAUAACUGACAGUUAGAUUUGCUUAUACAAUAAAUUGUACAACAUAAAAAUAGACCAAACCUAAACAUCUUAAUUUAUAUCUCUAAACUGUAUUGUAAAAGGCAUGCAAGAAAAUAAAUCUGGUUAGAAAACGUUUUAGAAAAUAUAGUUUAAUGAAGAAAUACAUAAUCUAUGGAAUUCAUGACUAUUUUUUUAACUGCAUCAUGGAUUGUGAAAGCAUUGCAAUAAUAAUUGUAUGAAUUUUGAAAACAGUUUCCUCUGGAGCUCUGUUACCAAGGUCUUGAAAAACAAGCUUUUGUUUGACAUUUACUGUACGCUUCAUAGAAUUACAAAAAAAAUGGUGAGGGAUUUUUCUUUUUUAUAACUACUUUGUUUUCUCAAGGCUUGUUAAAUUUAGACUGUGCUAUCUUUACAUACCGUGCCUUGUCAGACUGCGUCCAUCUGUCUGCAAGUCAGGCAGUAUUUGCUCACUCUAUUACUGAGACAAUUCACUGUUAUAAUGUCUGUGUAUUAUUUUUUACAUUUCAUCUUUCUUUGACCCUAAUGGAGGCUCUGUCACUCUUUCUUCUUCCAGUAUAUGGGUUGCAUUGAAGUGCUAAAAUCAAUGAGAUCAUUGGAUUUUAACACACGAACCCAAGUGACAAGGUGAGUGACAUCUCCGUAUGACAUAAAUAGACAGCUACAAGCAUACAGAAGAAAAUAUAAGCCUAAAUAUUAUAAUUUCCAAGAGUUACUUUUUAUGUUACAGAGAGGCCAUCAACCGGCUUUACGAAGCUGUUCCGGGAGUGAGAGGAACUUGGAAGAAAAAGGUGAGGUUCUGCAUUAUACCAAAGUCAGCAGCUAAGGAACUGGCAAUUAAUUUUAUGAUAUUGUCUAAGCCUGAACAUUACCUGGUUAUGUUUGUCUGAAUGAUAUUUUUAAAGAAUACGGUUUGUUUUCUUACAGGCCCCAAAUAAAGCCUUGGCAUCAAUCUUAGGCCGGAGCAAUCUUCGAUUUGCAGGAAUAAGCAUUGCUGUUAAUAUAUCCAUUGAAGGAUUGAAUCUCAGCAUACCAACUACCAGACAGGUCAGCAUUUGUUAAAGCCACUUAUUAGUAUCCAUGUAUCACAUCAUGACUUCUAUGUACAUUGAUCAGAAUUUUACAUCACCACAUUACUCGCAAGGGAAUGAACUCACACAAUUUAAAAUAAAGUUUACCUGUGAUUACUAAUGAUUACCUGUUAAUAUAGUGAUCUUUUUGAAUCACUAGAGUGCCACAGUAAAAAGUAAUUUGGAUGUGGCAAAGUCCCAGCCAUUACAGAUUUUCUUGGCAAUUUGUACCCCAAAAAAGUGCAAGUUGCUUGAACAAGACACAAUUUCGAUCUUGUUUCGAUCUAAGGCAGACUAUGUCCGGUCCUUGGUCAGUGACCGAGGAUCCGACACCAGGAGGGGGCCCGGCAGCUAGCUCUGUAUGCGAGACCCCUCCAGUCUGCCCGGCCGGAGAGCGCCAAUCACAGACUCAGGUCUGCAGCUCCGCAAUGUGCAGAGCUGUAUACCAUGUGUCUUGUGAGACCUGGCCAAUCAGAGCGUUGUCGCGGGUUACAACAGCAACGCUCUGACUGGAUCUCGCGAUAUACAUGGUCUGCAGCUAUGUGGAGCUGCAGACCGGACAUUAUGGCCACUGGACCACCAGGGAACUAAAAAAAGGUAUUUAAUCCCUUACCAGCACCCCCCUCCCUCCCUUACAACAUUAUUACCCUCCCUCGCUCCAUCAAUACCCCCUCCCUCACACCAUCAAUAACCCCCUCUCUAACACCAUCAUCAGCCCCCUCACUCCAUCACUAACCCCAAUCCAUCAAUGCCCCUCCCUCACACCAUCAUCACCCCCUCACUCCAUUAAUACCCCCUCCCUCACACCAUCAAUAUCCACCCCUCGUUCACACCAUUAAUACCCACCCCUCCUUCACACCAUCAAUACCCCCCCUUCUUUACACCAUCAUCAACCCCCUGCCUCACACCAUCAAUACCCCUACUUCACACCAUGAUCACUCCCCUCCCUCAGCUCACUGACACACAAGAUCAUUGAAACGCACAUGCUCACUACACACAAGAUCACUGACACAAACACACACACUCACUACACACACACACACAUGCACUCACUACACACACACUUACUACACACACUCACUACAGACACAAUAUUUAAACUCUACCUGGCACUGGAGGCUGUGAGCGAUGACAUUUUCUCUGGGAGGCCAUUUUCAGACCUCUUCCUACAGCAAUGUCUGCUGCUUGAGUGCGGGAGGUGGAGCUUCACAUUCCUUGGUAAAAAUUAUUUAAAUAAAACAUUAGGGCUUCCUGCUGGCUCCAGGUGUCGUGGCCCAGCGGGAAAAAAAUUCCGGUAUCAUGGUGGGCCAGUCCGGUCCUGCUUGUGACAAACACUCCUUACCAUGGAUGUUUGAUAUGGACUCUUGUAGGCGUGCCGGCCUCCUGCCCACUGACUAUGGUCCAGGUGUGGGACAUCUUUUGGGAGUUACCCUGCCCAGCCGCCACUAGUAGCUUUCCCUGAGUGCCCCUGGUUCGGCACUUUCCCUUCAUGCAAAUAGAACCGAACGCUGGCUCUCUGGUGGCGUUCGCAUGAACCAAACCCACGAAUAGUCCCAGCGGUACUACCGCUGCGACCGCUAUGGAACUAAAUUCAGAAUGAGGACUUCGUACAUUCCCAGUCACCUCAGCGCGACUUAGCAGCGAAUGUUAUGGAACUGUUUUCAGCAUGAAGUGACCGUGCGGUUCCCAGACAACUUGGUUUGCAGUAUUUAACAACUUUGAAUUCCACCAAGAGAGAGCUUUUUGGAGGGAAGGUGCCUGAGACGUAGGGGAACAAACGCUGCCUAGGAGCCAGGUGGAGCACCCUGUAUUGCAGCCACAGGAUGAUCAGCAAAUGCACCAAAACCCUGGAACUAUUUUGGGCAUAGGACCACGUGUGCGGCCGGUCAGAACUUAAACACGGUGGUAGUUUCCCCUACACUGCAUGGAUCUGAGCGCUAUUUGGAUAACUUGGGUGCUCAGACUAAGCCUAUUUAACAAUGUAUUAUUUGUGGGGUUAUUUUAUGUUUUUAUUAUGUUUUUGGGUGCCGUAUAUACUCGAGUAUAAGCCGAGUUUUUCAGCACAUUUUUUGUGCUGAAAAAGCCCCCCUCGGCUUAUACUCGAGUCAUGGUCUGUAUUAUGGCAACUUACAUUGCCAUAAUACAGACCAGGACCGCCGGGCUUAUUACAAGCCCGGCAGUCCUGUUGGGGGCCGAAGCAAGCGGUUACUUACCACUGCAGCAGCUCCGUUCACCUCUGUUCCAUUCAGCUCCCAGUGUAAAUCUCGCGAGACCCGCGGCCGUCAGAGCAUUACCAUGUGUUACCAUGUCAACGCUCCGUGCGGCACGCAGACUGGGAGCUGAACGGAACGGAGGUGAAUGGAGCUGCUGCAAAGGUAAGUAAGAGCUUGCUCCCGGCUCCCCCCUUGCACAGCCCAUGCCACUGGACCACCAGAGAAUCAUAUAGACUCCCCUCCCUGGCUAGGUAUCAAGCAGGGAGGGGGGACAAAAAAGAAACAAAUAAAUAUUCAAAUAAUAAAACUAAAAUAAUAAAAUAUAAAAAUAAUAAAAUAAUAAAAUAACAAUAUUAAAAUAAAAAUAAUAAAAUAAUAAAAUAAAAUAACAAUAUUAAAAUAAAAAUAAUAAAAUAAUAAAAUAAAAUAACAAUAUUAAAAUAAAAAUGCCCUCCCCCACCCAGUUUACACACACUACACAAACACACACACACACUGCAUCAUAUACACACACUGCAUUCACACAAACACACACUCUGCAUUAUCUACACACAUACACACUCUGCAUCAUAUACACACACUGCAUUCACACAAACACACACUGCAUUAUAUACACACACACACUCUGCAUUAUAUACACACAAACUGCAUUCAUUAUAUACACACAUUACACACAAACACACACACACACUCUGCAUUCAUUAUAUACACACACCGUUAAUAAAUAUUCAAUUAAAAUAAUUUUUUGGGGAUCUAACUUUAUUUCGAAAUUUACCAAUAGCUGCUGCAUUUCCCACCCUAGGCUUAUACUCAAGUCAAUAAGUUUUCCCAAGUUUUUGUAUUAAAAUUAGGGGCUUCUGCUUAUAUUUGGGUCGGCUUAUACUCGAGUGUAUACAGUAUUUUUAUGUUUUCCUCUCUGUUCCUGGGAGAUAAUUAGCUUACCGGCCUUUAACUCAAUUAUCUCCCAGGCCCAGAGAUUCCUGGGAGGGACUUUUGGUGAAGACAAUUGAGACCCCAUGCUGCGGUCUGUGUAUAAAAAGUCUGUGUUUGGAUGCAUUAAACCAGUUUUGCUCCCAGAACUAUGUGUCAUCUAGUUACUGGGAGGGGAAGGGCUAUAAUAACUGCUUAGACCCUUGUUCCACCUCAUGGAGGAUUCGGCGGGGAAAGUCCUUGUAAAGACUAGAGCUCCCAGGACUGUGCGUCAUCCAGCCCCUUGGAGGGCAUAGAGCUAGUCCCCUAUCCUGUUCCAGGACGAAGAGGCUCCAGGAGGACACCAGUCAAGCCAUGGCAACUGGGGCAGAAGCGCUGAGGUUUUCCCCUGUUCCACCUAGGUCCUUUUCAGAGUUACCCAGCCGGGGUACAGGAAGCUCCACUUCAUUACUAAAAUAACAUUCACAUCGUAAUAGCCAAUAGUAAAGCCAUUACUUUUUUUCAAACAUGACUGUCCUGCCUGUUGUACAUGCUUCUAUCACCAGGAGGCAGCAGUGAGUGUCCACAUUUCCCACAUAUGCCCUUUUUUCUCAUUUAAAAAUCCACAAUGCUACCUGUUGCUACUCUUCAUACAAAUUUAUGACUCACAGUUAACAGUCUGUCUUGUUAUCAGAUUCCACUAGAUAACUCAAUAAAAAUAUACUGUAUAUAAUAUAUAUUUACUGUAUAUAAUAUACAAAUAUAAUUUGUACAUUUCAAUGGAGUGGAAUUUGUUGCUCUAAAAGUAUACCUAUAUCUUUCUUACAGGUUAUUGCCAAUCAUCACAUGCAGGCUAUCUCAUUUGCAUCAGGAGGAGAUGCGGUAAGUUGAGUGUCAUAAUAGUGACUCUGUGAAGGUGCUACAUUCAUAAGAGUACAGUGUAAUUACAGAAUACCUCCAAACAUUCCAAAUGGACAAAAAGGGGCACUUUAAUUGUAGGGGUGAGAGUUAAGGUGCAGGACUGUUCUGAGAAAUUUUAGGUUACUUUUAUUGUAGUUUAAAGAAACAUUACUGUGAAAUACACAGUAACAUGUUGCACCAAUGGAUGGAUAUAAAGGUAAAAUGAGUGAAGAAAAAUAUAUAUAAUAAUAAUAAAUACAUGUAUAAAGUCGAAUAUUCACUGUCCAAUUAUCACAAUCCGAGCGGCUUUUAAGUUCUUGAUAGUAAUCAGUUCUUGUUUAAGGUGCUUGUGAACAUAUGUAAAAGGAUACAAAAUGAAAUAUAAUAGUGCAGACAGUUUAAGCAGGAAGUUAAAACUCGCAAUAUCGGUAAUUGGAAUUGCACUCACAUUUCGUAGAGCUUAAACUAGCUCUAAGUAAAAUUGCUUGCUGCGAUACAAUCCAUACUGAUGGAUAUAAAACUCUGAAUGCCAGUGUAUCAGCGUACAAAUGGUUAUAUUACAAACAGAUAUACAAUAGUGCUCACUGUAAGUACAAUUUAUAUAAAAAUAAAUGAAUGUAUUUGACUCAUAUUUAAUAGAGCGGCAUAUCACUCAAAUAUUUGAGCAUGGGUGUUAUAAUCCCCCCAAGGAUAUGGUUUGAUGUGCCAAGAACAAAUAAAAUAGUUAAAAACUAUUAAAAAGCAUAAAAAAUUAAUAACACAUAAUAAUAAAUAAAAACCAAAUAUACUUUAAUGCUAAAAGAAAUUAAACAAAUAUUACACAACACGUUAUACUAAUAAUAGACUUUUCACAUGUAAACCACACAUUACUGUGAGACUUACUGCUGUGGAGGUCUGUUAUACAUUUAAACACAUACGCAAAAUGAAGCUCCUUGAUAUUAGUAUAGAAAAGAGGGACACAGGGAUUUGGGCCCAAAAUAGGGACUGUCCCUCCUAAACAGGAAGGCCUAGGAGGCAUGUUACAAUGCAUGACACAGUAGUAAACAGUUUCAUGUUUAGAGCAAUGGGUACAAGGGGAAUACCCAACUGCCCCUGUGGAUAGUCUCCUAAUGUAGGUAAACACAAAUAUUCUGUAACCAAAUAUGUUUCCAGUAGGGACUCUACCCAUCCUAUGAGGUAAUAGGUGUUCAAGGCUCAGGGGAUGGCAAACCCCAAGAACAAAGGCAACUCUCUAAUUAGAUAAUCCGUGACAGAGGGCCGAUACUGGGAGACGGCCUGGCGGCCUGCCCAGAAAAGACCAGCUAAUCAGAGCGUUGCCGUGGGUUAUCAUGGCAAAGCUCUGACACAUCAAAUGCAAUACUUCUACCACAUGAACUGCAGAUCUGCACACAGCGAAGCUGAAGAAAGGAUAGCCCACCACAAGAGAGGGCGUCAACUGGACCACCAGGAAAUUGAUUACCUUAAAAUAAAAAGGUAUUUCAGUUUGGGAAGGCUGGUCACUGAAACACAGCCUCCCCACACACUUUUACCCCCACACACACAGUCUUCUCCAAUACACACUGUCCACUCCCUUACACUGUCACCUACUAUACACAUUGUCUCUACCCCACACUGUCACACCCCAAAAAAUUGUCACCCUCCCACCCACACACUGUCAUCCUCCCACAGUCAUCCUCCACACAUACACUGUCAACCUCCCCCAUAAACUGUCACCCCCUACAACCACUGUUAACCCGCUUCACCCAGCCACACUUACAUUAAACUCUCCUAAUCUUGUCACAAUGAACCCCCUCCAUAGCAAACUCACCUGCCCUUGCUCUGCCACACUCACCCUAUCACAAUAACCUCCCUAGUCCUGUCACACUCACCUUGUUUUGCACUGUCACACCCACCCCCAACCCAAUCACUUUCAUCCUCUAUCACUCUGUAACACUCACCCAAUGUACCCUGCCACACUAUCACAUUAACCACUCCAAUCCUGUCACUCAUCCCCCCAACCCUGCCACACUCACCCUGUCACAUUAAUGCCUCUGAUUUGUCACACUCUGCCACACUCACCUUGUAACAUUAACCUCACUUAAUCCUGUUACACUCACCUCCUCUCACACUCCCUUGUCCAACCAUGCUACAUUCACCCCAAACCUGUGAUAAUUAACUCCAACCAUGCCACACUCACCCUGUCAUAUUACCCCCCUAAUUGUGUCACACUUACCUCUCCUCACCCUGUCACACUCUUCCUCUACUCAUGGCACACUCAUCAGCAACCCUGUCACACUCACCCUCUUGCAUUCUGUUACACACAGGGCCGCAACCCUGUCUAAUUCACCUUGAAGACAUUUGUCAUUCACACACAGUCAAGAAAUGUAGCUUUGCCAUAAACACAAUGCACAAAGGACACAGGCAGCCCACAUACACGCACCAUACUGCCAGCAGCUACCACACACACCCAGUCCCAGACACAAAUAUGCAUAUGCUCACAGAGGCAUACACACAAGGAUACUCUCCGCCAGACACACACUCAUAGGCACAUACACAGGGAGACAAUGCCAGACACACUCAGAAAUACACACAGCCAGAAACACAUUAUGACCGUAUGUCUGUAUUUGUCAACAUGUGUGUCUCUGUGUGUAAGGAAACCAAGUACAUUUAAACCUUAAUCGGUAGUUUCCUCCUGAACAGCCAGAGCCCAGUGAAUAUAGCCCUCCGUUCGGUAGUUAUAGUAGACGAAUUCCCAAUUGUAAAUCCAAUAGUGUUCCUGGAUAAUUCCCACAGUAAAACACACGAACUCCCAAACAGCAUACGUAGUCAGAAUAAGGGUACAAAGAUGAACUGAGGUUUAAUGACAGGCAUGCUCUUUUUAUGGAAUUCAGCCCAUGCAUUCAAUCCUAACAAUAUACAUACUGUACAUCUCCUCCCCUCAGAUAACCAUUAAACACAAUUAAAAUGUACCAGAAAAUCCCCAAAGUUUGGAUGUACCCCAAGGACCAACAUAUUAAAAUCUCAGGCCAUUCGUUUCAGCCGUUCGGGAGAUAUAGGACUUAGAAGUUUUGACCGACUGCACGGGCAAAGUAGCCGAAAACAGUUCCAUGAAUUCUGGCCCUGCAGUCGGUCUUAGAUCGCAUGAAAAACCUCCCGAACAGCCGGCCAUCCAGCUACCAUCCUUGGUUCGCUGGAUUCCCCAUCUGUUGGUAAGUCUUUCUACCGAACGCCCGGUCGUUCGGUAGUUUGGAAGGGGUUUUACCGAAGGUCUGGAGGCUUCAGCGGUGUUCGCCUGUUUGAGUGUCCGUUUUCAGUUCCAGACAUUCAAUGGCAAACACCGCUGUUCGGGAGCUAAAAUGGCCGCGAACACGAGGAAGUCCGAAAUGGCGGCGAGACCUGCCGUUCGUGCAAAACUUCUGCCGAACGUAAUCCAGCCAGCAAGGGGGGACAGUCUGUAUAAAGGGGUAACAGGGGGGUCUGCAUUCGGUAGUUUUACCUACCGAAUGCCAUAGGGAACAUUGCUAUUAACACAAAUACAAAGAGGGCAUACACAGUUAAAAAAAGGCAUUUCUUCACACUGUGCAUCAGUUUGUGUGUGUAUAUGCAUAUGUGUGUAUCAGAGUGUGAGAUCAAUGUCAUCUACCAGGAGCCGCAUCUGUGCUUUACACUUGCGCAUGUGAGAUCAAUGUCUGAAUUCCACAAUCAUCAACUGUGAUGGCUGCUGGUAUUGAACAAAAGUUGACAGAGGAGCUUUUGUUGACUUUUGUCAGCAUCAGAUUUACUAUAAAACACAGUAGUCCCUUGGUAUCUUUAGAUUGCACAGAUUUUAUUUUUAUGAAAUAGUGAAAAGUGACAGUGUCACUUUAAUGCAGCACCAUCACAGUAUCUGUCACAUUAACUUCACAUUUGGAUCUUGCCAUUGUAACACUUCAAUAUGAUAUAGUUUGUGAAAGUGAUAUAAUAACACCCCUUCUCCCUUUAAACAGGACACAACAGACUAUGUGGCAUAUGUGGCCAAGGACCCAAUAAAUCAGAGAGGUAAUACUAUUUCCCAUACUGUGCCACAGGUAUAAUGUGUGGCAGCUAUCAACAACUUGAAAUAUUGUGUUUGUUCUGUGAUAUGAAAAGAAGGUACUCUGGAUCUGCUGUUUGAUUCCAUGUGUAAAGCUAAUGUACAAACUUGCUCUUACUUGGCAAAUGCAUUAUUUUGCCUUUCAACAAAGCAUUGCCUGUAAUGAGAUUGGAUACUUCACUGUGAGUGAAAAACCUCUUUAAUUUGUGGGGCACUGACAUCUCUAUGAGUGCCGCAAAGUCAAAUAGGUGAAGCAGUACUCAGAAACACUACAGAUCAACUAGCCAGGCGCUCUGCAAUAAAGGACAUUACAAAUCACCAAUAAUCAGAUAAGAGGUGGUGGCUUGAACUGAAGUUUUUAUAACACCUAUUUUGGUAGAAUAUUACAUUAUGUUUUAGACCACAAUUAUAGGAAUAUAUAUACAUAUAUAUGUAAACCCACAAUUUAGAACUGAUAAAUCUCCAUUAUUAUUUGAUUAGUUUUUAUGUAGCAAUGUAGGACUAACUUAUUCCGCAAUAAAUGAGACAAUUACGCAAUGUUACAGUAACAAUAGGUUGAUGUGGAACCCUGCUCAAAAGAACUUACAAUCUAUCAAUCUAGAAGAGGUGGGGUAUAAAAACGCAAUAGGAAGGGCAGCGUUCCUAAUUUCUCACUUGAAUAAAAGCAACAUUGACUGUCCCCUAGCCACCAAUCAAUCAUCUCUUUUUUGGCACCAUGGGCAGAAUUCAGUAUCAUGAACCCAAAUCGAACAUGUUCGGCAUUAUGUGGUUCUGUUGGUCAAUAAUUUGUUUACAUUUCGGCUCGGAGUUCAGCUGAUCGUUUGAUCAGCCCAAAUUUGGCUGAAUAGCAGUACGGCCUGAAACAAAUCUCCAAGUCUAGUGCUCAUCACAUAAUUUAUAGAUUACCGGGUGAGCAGUGACUGGAUAAACCUCUCCAUAUGCUGACAGGCUGAUGUUGCUUAAUGUAGAUCAGUUUGCUAACAAACAACACCGUAUUAGUUAUGGUGCUUAUCUCCUAAGGUCUGUCAGCUGCCUUAACCUGUGAGUUGCAUUUUCAUAUCCAUAUAAGACUGCUGGCCUUAAAACUUCAAAGAAAUCUGCCUUGCAGAUGAUGGGAGUACUAGUAUGAAGAACCAGUUAAAGUUACACAUUAUUAAGUGCUUUAUAAUACUGGGCCUGGCAAUGUGAUUUAGAGAACCACCCAUAGUGUGAGUGCAUAUGGACUUAGUAGGGUUUUUAAAAUACAUAACUUUUGUUAUGGUAUCCCUUUUUAUUAUGAGUGGACACUGCUAUGUUGUGUGUAUCAUAUCAGUGUAUCACAGAACUCUCCAGUUAUAAGACUUUCUGUAUUAAGCAGUGUAUAAGGAAUCGUUGAGCUGGAUGGUGGAAAUAUAAACACGUAAUGAUAAAUUAUUGCACCACAUAAGCUUUGCACAUAACAAAAAUGGGAGUAAAAAUGUGUUUGAGUCUAACUUGGUACAAGGCAAGAGGUAUAUAGUUUUCAAACAAAAGCCGUUUUAAAGCUGGGGUACUAAGUGUCUGGCGCAGGUUGCUAUGGGGACGUGACACUGGAUGUAGGAUGUUGAUUGCUUCCAUGGUAACAGAGAUAUAUUGGGUUAUAAAUGUCUGAGGGGGUAUAAGCAUGUCAGGAUAGUUUGAUAGUGACUAAGUGGGACACUUAAUUUCAUAUAUAUGUGCUUUUGAUCAUCAUGCAUUUAUAAACAUAGUAAGAUGGCUAUGUGUAAGUACCAAUGGCCUUGCUAGAGCAAUUGUCUGUGCCUUUAACACCUUAAGAACCAAUGGCACUUGUUGCUGUUUUCUCUACCUGAUCUUUAAAGAGUUUAUGCCAGCUGUAGACGUAUUAAUGAGCAGGUUCCUAAAAGAUUGUUAUUACAGCACAGUCUGUCAUUUGUCUUCAGUGAGUUACAAAUGAAAAUAGUUAUUUUUCACUAUGUAGGUUAAUAUAUAAGGUGUCUGUUUGUAUUAAAGUGCAUUAGAACACUGCCAAUUAUCUCACUUAGACAUACAUAUAUACAUUUACAAAAAAAAUAUAUUACUUGCACUUAGGGGUAGAUGAACUGGAUAUUUUUGAAUGUCUGUGAUGGUUGGGUAGCAAUAUUAAUAAAAUAGGAAAAUGAUUAAUGAAAUAUAGCUAAAAUUAAUACAGGGAAAUCUCUCUCUUCUAAAUUGUGCUUGUUUUUCUAUGCCAUUGAGGGAAAAUGUAGUAUAUUGUUUAAAUAUUUACCUACUAGAAUUUAUUAAUUGUGAUUUUUUUUUUUAAAGGUAUAGAGUCUACAUGAACAUGGGUUACUGUAGGAUGGUGUUAUAAUAGGUUACGGAAAAGUGUUACAUUUGUACUGAUUUAUGAAUUAGUAUAGCAUUUUGAAAUGUAUACAUCAAAUAAAUAAAACAAUAUGCAGAGCAUCCUUGUAUCUCUAUUUUUAAAUAUUCAGUAAAAAUUUGACCUGCUACACUGUAAAAUUUAAUCAAAUGUAACCAGAAAAUGUAUUAAGAGUCCUGUAGAUACAGACCUUUACCUUGAUAAUUUGGAGCUCUUUUAUAUAUUCUGGAAACAUUGAGAAAACACUAUGCAUUCAAUGAGGUAGAGCAGGCUCUUGAUAUCUAUAUUUGUCUUCUACUCUUCCUGUCUUUCCCACACCAAACCAUCUGUGGAUGCCAUCUCUGUGUUAAUGUGUGUUCUUGUCUCUUACACCACCCUUUGUCCCCUCUGCCGGUCCACCCCCUCCUUCCCAUCUGUCCCUUUGUGUCCCUGAAUUACACCCCCUCCCGCCUCAUCCGCAGCCUGUCACAUUCUGGAGUGCUGUGAGGGGUUGGCCCAAAGUGUAAUCAGCACUGUAGGACAAGCCUUUGAGUUGAGGUUCAAACAGUUCCUGCACAGUCCCCCCAAAGUGGCAGCACCCCCAGACAGGUACGAAGGAAAUCCUAUUUAUUUACUGAUCUUAUUUUUCAUGUGGACCUGGCCUAGUAUUCUUACCCUUUGGAGUUAAGGCCAUUCUACCUAAAAACCUUAUAAAUGUUCCAUUUUUGUUUUUUGUUCUGGGUCUUUCCACCAUAUCUGAAACUGGUACUUAUAUAUUGUAUUAUUGCAUUCCAUCGACACCUAUCAGUUGUCCUUGUCUCUACCUAUAAAUUAUAGUUAACUGUCCACAUCAGAAAAUUAUAUACAUAUUUCAUAUGUAUGUAAGAAAAUAAACAACUACUGCCAUAUAGGAUCCACUCACCUGAGUUAAAAAUCCCCAGACCAUACUUGCUGUAUAUUCUGAGAUACUUUUAAACAUUACCACCUCUACUCUGAGGCUCUUCCAUUAAUCUGCUACCCUUUCUGUAAAGUAUCGGUUCCAUACAUUUCAUAUGAAAAUGGGGCAUUUAAUUCAGGUAUUAAAGUUCCAGAUCUCUCUUUCUCAAUUAUAUCUUACCUCUUGCUUUUUCCCUCUUUAGGCUGGUGGUGGGUGGAGAGGACCAUGCAUGGGGAGUAGAAGAGUACCAAGUUUCUGAACACAACUAUUACAACAGUAUCCCAGGCAAGGAGCCCCCAGUAGGUGGAUUGCAAGACUGUCGUGUAAGAGAAGCUGGAGCGACCUGUCAACUUCACCCACAGAUAACUGUUAAUGGGCACUGGCCUCAGGUAGGUAUUAGUUAUGUCUGUAUAAUUUUACACUGUAUAAUUUGGCAUACUCAUAAGCCUUUGUACAUACUCAAAGUCUAUCUGUUUAACCAGAACAGUUUAUCUGAUGAUAUGGAUCAUUCAAGUCAGUAAAGCAACAAUCAGCGUUGCCAAUCCUAGGCAUAUCAGCAGACGGAUUAUUUCCCCACAGAACCCCAUAACGUAUUGUGCAUACAAUGCAGCCAGGGAUUCUGGGUAGGAAUGUACAAAUUUGAUCACCAGUGUGGUUGUAUUUAACCCCUUAAAGACUGAGCCAAAUGUACACGUUGUGAUCAAAACAAAACGUAAACAAAAACUUGAAUUUGCGCUAUAUGUCUGUUCAGGCAUAAUUCGCCUCUUUCAUAUUUUGUGCACCCACACUUAUUAUAUACCAUUUUAUUCAGGGGAAACAGGGCUUUCAUUUAACAUCAAAUAUUUAGGUAUGAAACAUAAUUUAAUAUGAAUAAAAUAUAAAAAAAUGAGAAAAAACACGUGACAUUUUAACUGUGAGUGUCAUAAUACUGUUUGCUUUUACUGCAAUAAAAUACACAUAUUUGUAUUCAGCGAUGUCUCACGUGUAAAACAGUACACCCUAUGUACAGGUUUUAUGGGGUUUUGGGAAGUUACAGGGUCAAAUAUAGCAUGUUACAUUUUUCAGUUUUUUCACAUUGAAAUUUGCCAGAUUGGUUCCGUUGCCUUUGAGACCGUAUGGUAGCCCAGGAAUAAGAAUUACCCCCAUGAUGGCAAACCAUUUGCAAAAGUAGACAACCCAAGGUUUUGCAAAUGGGGUAUAUGUCCAGUCUUGUUUAUUAGCCACUUAGUCACAAACACUGGCCAAAGUUAGUGUUAAUAUUUGUUUGUGCGUGAAAAAUGCAAAAAACUAAUUUGGCCAGUGUUUGUGACUAAGUGACUACUAAAAAAGACUGAAAUACCCCAUUUGAAAUACCUUGGGUUGUCUACUAUUGCAAAUGGUAUGCCAUCAUGGGGGUAGUUUUCAUUACUGGGCUACCAUACGGUCUCAAAGGCAACAUAACCAACCUGGCGAAUUUCAAUGAGAAAAAAUUGAAACAUAAGCCUUAUAUUUGACUCUGUAACUUUUGAAAACACCAUAAAACCUGUACAUGAGGGGUACUGUUAUACUCGGGAGAUUUCGCUGAACACAAAUAUUAGUGUUUCAAAACAGUAAAACGUAUCACAACAAUUAUAUUGUCCGUGUAAGUGCCAUUUGUGUGUGAAAAAUGCAAAAAAAGUCACUUUCACUGACAAUAUCGUCGUUGUAAUACAUUUUACUGUUUUAAAACACUAAUAUUUGUGUUCAGCGAAGUCUUCUGAGUAAAACAGUAUCCCCCAUGUACAGGUUUUAUGGUGUCUUGGAAAGUUACAGGGUUAAAUAGAGUGCUUGCAAUUCAAAUUCUCUGCACUUUCUGCCUGGGUUGUCAGGCAUGUCAAUCAAAUUUUAAUUAAUUAAAUCACAUAAUUAUGUUAAAAGAUUACUUAAAUAUACACGUAGAAUUUUAAUAUAUAUACAUAUAUAUGUAUUUAAAGUCUACGUGUACACAUAUGUUUUUAUUUAUGUAAUUAUAUAUAUUUAUGUGUAUAUAUAUAUUUGCGGUUAUUUGUAUUUUAUAUAUAGAUAGAUAUAUAUAGAAUGUCAUUCUAAGUGUAUUUUGUUACCAAUAUAUAUAUAUAUUAAUAACAAAAUAUAGUUAGAAUGAAAUUACAUAUGUAUACAUAAUUUGUUUAAAUUUUUAAAAAUAUUUUAUUUAUUUAUUUUAUUAUUUUAUUUAUUUAUUAUUGUAAUUAUACGUGUAUAUAUAAAUAUAAAAUAUAUAUAGAUGUAUUAUAUAUAUAAUAUAGAUAUAUAUAUAUAUAUAAAUACUUGUAAUUUAUUUUAAAACAUGUUUAAUAUUUUUUUUUAACACUACCCACCAGCAGACAUUUCAGACAGCAGAUCCACAGCCAGCUAUAGGGGGCCAUGUGAUCGCUCUUUGAGAGCGAUCACAUGGCCCCUAGGAGCCUGAUUUGCCGGGGGAGGGCUGUCUGGACUGUCAGGCAGUCCCCCCGAAGAGGAUCGCGGCGGAGGUAAGUAAAGCUCACCUCCUGGGGCAGAAAGCCGUUACGGCGUUCUAUGCCCCCGCAACGGCUUUAAAGCCCAUUUAAUGCGGGACGGCAUAGAAGGCCGUAACGGCGUUAAGGGGUUAAACUCUCUGCCCAUGAUAUACUGUACUUUUAGCCUAUAUCAGCUGAUUAUGGCACCGUAAAGCUAUUAUAAAGUUCUUCUAAUGUUUUUAACAGUGUAUGUCAGUUGCUCGUGUUAUAUUGUCCAAACAUUUGUGUGGAUUAAUCUCUGCUGUACAGCAUGUUUUUUAAUGAUUUAUUUUUUGUUGGAGAUACCAAAUAAAUAUACCGUAUAUACUCGAGUAUAAGCCGAGUUUUUCAGCACAUUUUUUGUGCUGAAAAACCCCAACUCGGCUUAUACUCGAGUCAGUCUGUAUUAUGGCAAUUUAUAUUGCCAUAAUACAGACUGGGGGCUGGCAGAGCUGUUACUUAUCUCUCCUGCAGCUCCUGCCAGCUCCCUCCUCCUCCGCGCCGGUCCGGUCAGCACCUCGAUCAGCUCCCAGUGUAAGUCUCGCGAGAGCCGCGGGGUCAUAGUGCGGUUCUCGCGAGACUUACAGUGUGAGCUGAGAGAAGAGCUGCACGGACCGGCGCGGAGGAGGAGAGAGCUGACAGGAGCUGCAGGAGAGGUAAGUAACAGCUCUGCCAGCCCCCCUCCUCCCCCCACUGAACUGCCAAUGCCACUGGACCACCAGGGAAGGAGAGCCCCCCUCCCUGCCAUGUAUCAAGCAGGGAGGGGGGACAACAAAAUAAAUAAAUUAAUAAUAUAUAAAUAAUAAUAAAAAUAAUAUUAAAAAUAAUAUAAAUAAUAAUACAAAUAAUAUAAAUAAUAAUAAAAAUAAUAUUAAAAAUAAUAUAAAUAAUAAUAAAAAUAAUAAUAAAAAAAUAAUAAUAUAACAAAACAAAUUAAAAUAAUAUUAAAUUUUUUUUUAUAAAAAUGCCCACCCCCCCACCAAGGCUCUGUAACACAAACACACACUGCAUCACACACACACUGCACUCAUAUACACACACAGCAUUCACACACACACUGCAUUCACACACACACUGCAUUCACACACACACUGCACUCACACACACAGCAUUCACACACACACUGCACUCACACACACACUGCAUUCACACACACACUGCACUCAUAUACACACACAGCAUUCACACACACACUGCACUCAUAUACACACACAGCAUUCACACACACACUGCAUUCACACACACACUGCACUCAUAUACACACACAGCAUUCACACACACACUGCAUUCACACACACACUGCAUUCACACACACACACUGCACACUCAUAUACACACACUGCACUCCUUAUACACACAGCAUUUCACACACACACACUGCACUCAUAUACACACACAGCAUUCACACACUGCAUUCACACACACACUGCACUCAUACACACACAGCAUUCCACACACACACACUGCAUUCACACCUGCAUUCACACACACACUGCACUCCAUAUACACACACAACAUUCCACACACACUGCAUUCAUACACACACACUGCACACUCAUACUCACACACUGCACACUCAUACUCACACACUGCAGUCAUACACACACACUGCACACUCAUACACACACUGCAUUCACACACACACUGCACUCAUAUACACACACAGCAUUCACACACACACUGCAUUCACACACACACUGCAUUCACACACACACUGCACUCAUAUACACACACAGCAUUCACACACACACUGCAUUCAUACACACACACUGCACACUCAUACUCACACACUGCAUUCAUCAUAUACACACACUGUAAAUAAAUAUUCAAUUAAUAUAAUUUUUUUAGGAUCUAAUUUUAUUUAGAAAUUUACCAGUAGCUGCUGCAUUUCCCACCCUAGUCUUAUACUCGAGUCAAUACGUUUUCCCAGUUUUUUGGGGUAAAAUUAGGGGCCUCGGCUUAUAUUCAGGUUGGCUUAUACUCGAGUAUAUACGGUAAGUUUAAUUUUAUUAAAAAUGUACAUUUUUAUUUCUGUGAGUGGUUGCGCAGGCCUGGGGCCUGUAAUGCUGUUAUGGUGGCAUAAGUUUCUAUCUCCUCUUCAUACAUUUAAAUGUGAAGAAACACUUGAAAAUAUAACUGUUAAUAAUGUCUGUAACGGCACCCCCAGGCAUAAAGGGGUUAAACCGCCAUUUAGAAGAUCUUCCCCUUCCAGAGACACAGGCACAGCUACUGUAGACACCAAUCCACCGAACCGGAGAAGCAUAUGAAUGCCGUAAACAGCUGAACCAGAACCAUACGAAUGCUGUAAAUAGCCGAAUAGGAAAAACCAUACAAAUAGGUUUACACUCCUAGCAGUCAAACUGGAACAGCAUACAGUAAAUCCCCCCAAGAACGAGACAAAGCUCCGUGUUGAGGGUCAAGCAGUGAACAGACAGAGCUGUGGGUUUAUUGUUCUUAUAUACACAUUAGUACCACCCACAGGGUUUUGGAAAACAACCAAUAAACACGUACAAUACACUCAGACACUCCCACACAAAAUCCUCCCCUCUGCCUGUGAUACAAUUACCUUACACAAUGAGUAAUGUAAUUAUCACAAGCAGAGAAAUACAAUUUUUCCACAUUUUUCAUAACUUGAAAAGUAUGCAUCACAUUCACAGACAUGUAACAUAACCCCAGAUAGCUUAGGUCUGAGCACACAUUAUUACUGAAUGGCACUCAGCCCACACACAUACAGUUCAAUUGCCAUGGAGCCAAAGUCUUUCCCAUAGUCUUUCAUUAUACGAAUGGACUCCAUGGCAUAGCUAUCUGGGGUAUCACCGCUCAAACAGGACAAGCACCGAAUGACCUGGCUUUCGUGUCUUUGCAGGGGAAAAUCAAGCGUUUCAACAUGGGGCCAUAGUCUAAAGGCAGCAGGCGAGCAACCAGGCUCCUCCAACGCACAGUGGCAAGAUUGGUCUUGUCACAAUGUCUUUUAACUUCACUGUGAUUAACUUUUAAAUCAAAGGUAACAGUUCAAAUGGGUCACGGCCCCUGUAGACCAUUUUGUAGUACAGAUUUGUAAUGGUGAUUAACGUUUAGGCCUGGCUACGAGCAGAGGACUUAAAUAAUAUAUAGUUUAAAAAAAUACACAUUCCAUUAUAAAUUAGUUAUAGAUAUUGCAACAUGCCUGUCUCUGCUCCAAAAUACAAAUUUGCAUCUCAUAAUCUAAUGCUUGCUGUAAUUAAAUACAUUCACUGUAUUCACUUUCCUAUUGGCAGUUUAACAUUAGGGACUCUAUAAUUUAAAUUUUUAUGUUGUCCUUGAUCCAGCCUGAGUUUCUUUGCUUCCUGAGUGUUCUACAAAUAGCAGUUAGCCUGUUAAACUGUUUGGAACAUUAGGAACUGAUUGAUGUACACUUCUUAGAGGAGGGAGUAUAUUUAUUUAUAUAAUUUGGCAUACAAAACUAAACAACAUAGACACCUUUGAUGCUGCCCUGGCUUAGAAUUCUAACCACCAGUAGAGGAGAAGAGAUCUAAGUCAUCUAAAUUGUAUUAGUCAGAGUAACAAAAUGAAGCUAAGAUGCUCCAGUAGCCACCAGAUAAGAGAACACUUAUAGCGAUAGUAAUGUAAAUGGUCAAUAUACAUGUUUUAUAUAUAUAUAUAUAUACAUAUUUAUUUAUUUAAGAGAUAUAAAUAAUAAGCACUGGUAUACUAGCUAAAGAACUUGGAGUACUAAGGGAACACAACAACAAAGUACCUAAAACAUAGAAAUACUGUGCUUCAAAGCUCACAAUAUAUAUUUUUUUCCGUGUAAUAUAGCUCACAAUAUUUAUAAAUGUAUAUUAAAGCUCUAAAUAUAAAAAAGUAUAGAAAAUGGUACAAGACAGAAUUCAUAGGAUUUGUAGGUUGGUGAUGUUGUCGGCUGCUGUAUCUCUAGGUAAAUACCAUUGCUAUUUCUUCUUAGUAGAAAAUAGGUUCAACGCAAUGGAAAGUAGACUGAGCACAGGCAAUGACAUAAUCGUAUCACUCAAUUAUUGUGAAGAGCAAAUCACUUGAACUAUGAUUAGCUCUCCACAAUAGCAGAUUAUAUAAAUAUACCUGCUUUAUCUAUGUCUUUCUUCCCUUGAUCCAAUCAAAUGACAGCAGUAAAGAAGAUAGCUGUAGGGUGUAUUUGAACAUAUUUACUAAUUUAGUAAGGUUGACAUUCACUCUGUAACAUAAUAAAAUCAACCUUUUUGUUUUUCAUUGGUGAGAAUAAGCUGUUUUCACUGUAGGGGGAUUCUGAUUUGUUUCAUGUAAGGGUUACUCUAAGCACCAAAACAACUUUAGCUAAUUGAAGUAGUUUUGGUGUAUAGAUCAUGCCCCUGCAGGGUCACUUCUCAAUUCUCAAAUAUUUAGGCGUUAAAUAAUUUUUGUUUCUGUUCAUGCAGCCCCAGCCACACCUCCCUUGGCUGUGACUUACAUACAGGGGCGGGCUGGGCCGGGGGGCAGGGAGGCAAUUGCCCCCCAGGCCGCCAUAAAUCCUUUUAAGACCGGCCGCUGCAGGGCCGGUUCUAAUGCUGCAGCCGCCUGUGCGCUCUGUAAAGAGCCUCAGGCGGCUGCAGCACAUCUUCUCCCCUCCCCUCCCCUCCCCUGUAGCAUGGCCGAGCUCCUCUCCCCAUCCGUGGUGCCCGGCCGGAGUGAUAGGAAGGUGCACACUCAGUGUGCCCUUCCUGUCAGUCCAGCCGGUUACAGGAAACAGAAACUCCUGUUCCGCGCGGAGUUUCUGUUUCCUGUAACCGGCCGGACUGACAGGAAGUGCACACUGAGUGUGCACCUUCCUAUCACUCCGGCCGGGCACCGCGGACCGGAGAGGAGCUCGGCCACGCUACAGGGGAGGGAAGUGAGAGGAGCCGCAUUAAUAAAAGAGGGGGAUUUUCAAGAAGAAGGGGAGUGGUGGGGGAAUCUAAGAAGAAGGGGGAUUAAGAAGAACAGGGGGAUUAAGAAGAACAGGAAGUAAGUGGGGAUUAAGAAGAAAGAGAGGGGGGGAAUUAAGAAGAAUGGGGGGAAUUAAGAAGAACGGGGAAUUAAGGAAGAACAGGGGGAGUAAGAAGAACACAGGGGGUAAGAAGAACACAGAGGAGGGGAAGAGUAAGAAGAACACAGGAGGAAGGGGGGGAGAAGGGAGAUGAGGGAGAACACAGGAGGGGGGGGAGGUGAGGAGAACACAGGGAGGGGAGGUGAGAAGAACACAGGGAGGGUGGGGGAGUUAGAAGAACACAGGGAGGGUGGGGGGAGGGAGUAGAACACAUGGGGGAGGUGAGGAGAAUGGAGGGGGAGUGAGGAGAACACGUGGAGGGGGGGAGUGAGAAGAACACAGGGAGGGAGGGGGUGAAAAGAACACCGGAGGUUUGGCGGGGGAUGAGAAGAGCACAGGGAGGGUGGGUGUUAGAAGUGACCACUAAGGGGCAGGGAAGAGCUCUAUAGGACAGGGGGCAGGACAGGGAGCUCUCUUACACUACGCACGCGCACACACACAAUGCAUCCCUAUACAUACACAGAAACACACAAUGCAUCCCUACACACAAAGACAAUACAUCCUUUGCACACAUACACAGAAACACACAAUGCAAACCCUUACACACACAUGCAAACACACACACUGCUUCUCUUACAUAUACAUAGAAACACAAUGCAUUUCAUACACACACUCCAUGCACACACUUACAGACACACACCUUGCAUCCCUUAUGCAUACAAACACAGAUUCACAUAACUUAUACACAAACACACACUGCUUCCACUACAAACAAAUACACUGCAUCACCUACACAACCUGGUAUCCCUAUACACUACAUACCAUAAGCACCCACAUUAGAUCCUCUACAAUAACACAUAACACAUCCCCUACACACUCCACUCCCUGUGAGCGAACUCAUGGGUGGAACAUGUAUGUGGACUUUUAGGUGGGCCUUAUGGGCAUACUCACCGUCAGGCCUUGGGGCCCAGACCUUGAGCUGUUUAAGGGGCUCCCAAAAAAUGGAGCUGCUUCCCAUUCUACUAGAACUUUGAAUUUUGUGACCACAGUUACAAACAGCCUUCAGAGAUCCUGUUCUACACCAGACCAGUGGAGCCAAACUGCAGGCCAUCCUCAUCCUCAUCUGGUUGUAAGUAGGCAAUCUAGUAUAUUAUUAGUAACACUAAUCUUCAGCUUAAUGAAGUGGUUCUGGUGUCUAUACCCGGUCCCUGCAGGCUUUUUAAUGUAAACACACACUGUGUGCAGCAUUGGCAUUAGUUCAUAUGGCAGAUCAUAUAGGUGGGGCAUUGUGAUGUCACAUGGGGGGGCGGCAAAUUUUUCUUUUGGCUAGGGCGGCAAAAAUCCUUGCACAGUCUACUGGUGACCCACAGGAGGGGAGUGCACUGAUUGCACUGCACUCUCCUCCUGCCCAGACCUGUCUUUACCGCAGUGCAAGUGCCCUCUGCCCCUAAUUUACAGUGGCUCACACUCAUAGCAAGCAGUGCCUGGAGCCCUUUGCAGAGACGGGAACAAAGAGGUUCUGCGGCAGCUGGCCGUCCUGCAAGCAUUACAUUAAACAGCUGUUCCCCAUGCAGCCACAGGUGGUGCUGUGCUGAGAGAAUGUGAUUACUCUUCACUUCCUCUCAGCCUACAGAGCAGCACAUGGGAGAGAGAGAGGAGGAGGCAUGAUUUAAUCUUACAACAAAUCCACUAAGCAAAUCUUUAUAAAUUUUGGGGGAUCAGCUCUGUUUCCACAGUUUAUUGGUGUUUACUCUGAUGUCUGUAUUAAUAUUGAGGGAUUUCUAAGUAGUAACAUCAGUGUGUAUUAGCAGGGCCAGCCGUUAGGGUGUGCACGCUGUGCGGUCACGCAGGGUGCCAUGUCAACAGAGGCGCCUGGCGGCCAACACAGCUCACAAGUUGGGGACACCAGCAUAUUCAAUUUAAAUGAUUCGCUGGUGGUCCACUGGUGUGCACCAGCAGUAGGUGCAGUCAGAUUAUAUCCUCUGCCUCGUGGUUCCGGCGCUCAGUUAGUGAGUCGGAGCACAGGCUCAGAGAUUCUCAGCCUGCGCUCUGACAACAUUGAAAGUCAGAGCCGUGAAGGAGCGGGUAUGGCAAAGAGCUACUGAUUAGCAUAACAUCAAUAUCCGUUAUAAAACCAGGAAAAAGUGGGCAUGGAUGGUGAACUAAUUUGGUGGUGCAAUGGGCCACUUGACUGGUUUUGCCCCCCAGGCCUAAGGCUGCCAGGCCUCCCCUGCUCACACAGUCCCCAUGAAAAAAAAGGCUUAAUUUGUAAAACCAUUCUUCAGCACAAUAUGUGUAUUAUCAAGGUGUGUUGGAAUUAUUGUCUUUCAUAUUUAAUUUCUAGGUGUGUUCUCCUGCUAGAAAACCCCCAGUAUCACAUUCAGGAUCUCAGUGGGAGCUGGAAGAGCAAGGUAAACUCAACACAAGGUGUGCAAGUCUAUGUCUUUUGUUGGUCUCUUCCUGUCUCACUCUAAGCAUGCUUAUCUUGUAGGACAAGCAAGUGAGGAAUUUCCAUUGACCAAUGGCAAAUCCAAUGGAGCAAGAGAUUAUGAGGAACAUAUGUAUGUGAACACCCAGAACAUAGAUGGCUGGAGUUCAGACAAGGAAUCCUACAUGAUCCCUGAAGACAGUCCUAAGAAGGAUCUAUUUGACAUGAGUAAGUAAACAAGGGACACAAGGUGACACUUAAGGUGGCUGUAGCGGAUGGCACCAGGCGAUCCUACAAAUAUACUGUACAUAACUGCAUUCGUGUAUCUGCUGUGUUUUAUAUGUGUUAAAAAGAAUUGUAUUCCUCUGAUUGUUCGGUAGUUUCAUUCCCUUAGUUUAUUCGAAUGAAACUACCGAACAACCAGACCUCCCCUGUGUGAAGUGUGUCCUCAAUUACCCGUUGCAACAUUGUUGCGAACGGGUAAUUGAAUAGUAAGUAGCCGUCCUUUGUUCUCGGGGGUGGCCGCCAUUUGGCGGCGGCCAUUUUAAAACUCCCGAACAGCGGUGUUUUGCCGUCGAGUGUCUGGAACUAAAAUCGGACACUCGAGUAGGCGAACACCGCUGAGACCUCCACAAACCUGGUCCGUUCGGUUCCAAACUACCGAACGGCCCCUCGUUCGGUAGAUAGAAAAUACCGAACGAGGGGAUUCAGGCGAACCCUCCCUAGCCUCUAUAGCUAGAGGCUUUCGUGUAUUUUGUUCCCUUAUGCCAGGACCGACCGCAGGGCCCAUUCGCAUGGAACCUUAUUCGGCUAUCUCAGUUAGUGCGGUCGGUCAUUUUAUUCCCUCCAUACAUUUCCCGAACCCCUGGUCUGAUCUGGGUGAUUUUUGGAUAUGUUGUUCACCCAGAUCAGGGGUAUCCGGGGAUGUAGGAUUUAAAGAGGUACCCCUACGUUUAGGGGUACAUCCAGAAACGGGGGGAAUUACUGUACUGGAUAAGGGGAUUAUGAUGCUGGCUGAGGGGAGGAGAUGUGUGGGAGGUUACCAGGACAGGAUUGGCUACUGUAAUAAUUACUGUAAAUCCCUCCCUUGCAUGGGAGCAUGCUUUAUAAGGAGACUGUGGAUUAAAGCUUUCAGUUCUGCUCCUGAAACUGUGUGUCGUCCAGUUAUUGGGAUUGCUGUGGGGAUAUUGCUGUAUUUUACCUGCUGGAAACCUUGCCUGUGGAUUUACUAUUUACUUGUUCCUGAGCCUCACUUGGAUUAUAAGCGGAGAUAACCUGGGUAAUAUUGCAUCUCCGCUACAUUGGUUGGCAGCGCUGGGAUCCAGACUCACAGAGGAACAAGCAUAAAUGGAGUACGGAUGGAGAUUGAUUUUGCCACACUAAAACGCUCCACGCUAAAAGAUCUCCUGGAGGCAAGGGGUAUACAAGCCAGCAAUAAGAAGAAAGCAGUACUCAUUACCGAACUUAUGGCGGAGUACCGAAUGGACGGCGAUUCGGUUCCCAAACAGGGGAAUUCGGGAGAAAUACCGGAACAGAGGGAGUUCCAGAGGCAGCUGCAAUUUCGGCUAUCUUUCUAUGGGGAACACCCUCCAACAGAGAUUGUUUCAAAAACGAUGACGGAGGUACAGGAAUUAUACUGAGGAAUCAAACAGCGGCCCCAGAACGCAGCUCUGCAGUAAAUAUGCCACAAGAAGGUAAGCCUAAAAUACCAUACCAGGCUUUUAAAACAUAUGUGGAGGCAGAGGAAGAUAUAGACGCUUUCCUGCAAGAUUUUGAGAGACUGUGUGCACUGCAUAGAAUCAGCGCAGAACUCACUUCAGCUGGAAGGCUAUUCCAUGCAUCCACUACCCUGAGAGGGUAGUGGAUGCAUGGAAUAGCCUUCCAGCUGAAGUGGUAGAGGUUAACACAGUAAAGGAGUUUAAGCAUGCAUGGGAUAGGCAUAAGGCUAUCCUAACUAUAAGAUAAGGCUAGGGACUAAUGAAAGUUUUUAGAAAAUUGGGCAGACUAGAUGGGCCGAAUGGUUCUUAUCUGCCGUCACAUUCUAUGUUUCUAUGUUUCUAAGGUUAACUGGGAGGGCAGCUGAAGCAUACCGUACUGUACCUAAUGAAGAAAUAAGGAAUUACAAUAAAGUGAAAGAAAUUAUAUUGGCCAGGUAUGCUAUAACACCAGAAGCAUACCGGCGGAGAUUCAGGGAUUUAAAGAAGGUGGAGAAAGACUCACAUGCUGAGUGGGCAUGCAGACUACAAAGAGCAGUCCUGUGGUGGGUGCAAGCGAGCAAAGCACGGUCUAUGGAGGAUGUAUUGCAAAUGGUACUGAUGGAGCAGUUUUAUGAAGGAGUAACCAGCGAGGUACAGGAGUGGGUAAGAGACAGAAACCCUACCUCCCUUACCGAAGCAGCCAGGAAGGCAAAUGAGUACCUGGAUGCACGCAGGCAGCAAGAACCUGCAGCUUUUAAAACCUUUGGGGGAAACAGCUACACGCCAGCUCUACCGAGACCACUGCCACCACCACCACCGCCCGCUGCACAGCCACGUUUCCACCAGCCCACGUCGGGCCCUUGCCACCACUGCCAGAAAUGGGGACAUUAUAAAAGGGAAUGCCCCCAGCUGCGGGACCGUUCCACCUGGAUCCGGCCCGGUCCACCACCACCACCACCGAGAGCAGCCGCAGCCCACCACUACCAGGACAUCGUGGCCACACCGUAUGGCUCAGCGGUUCCCAUUACAACUGUAGAACAGUGGGAAGUACUGCACGAGGCGGAUACAGUCCAGGCUAAUGCUGACAACCGCCAGCAUCACAGGCAGACCGUGUAUCUGGAGGGUAAAGCGGUUCAGGGGCUACGUGACUCAGGAGCCACCAUCACCCUGGUAAAGAGUCACCUGGUCUCAGACCAGGCUAAACUAAACAAGACUGUGGCCGUCAGGGUAGCCGGGGGAGCAGUAUACCGGCUACCUACAGCGAGGGUACAUUUACAUUGGGGAGCGGGGGCAGGACAUGUGGAGGUGGGGUUGAUGCCGCAGUUACCGGUGGAGGUUUUAUUGGGGAACGAUCUGGGGAGGCUCACCUCUGCUUUUGAGCCCCAGACCUCCACCACAGGAGAAGCUCACCCUGUGGUUACUCAACAACAGGCCCACACCCAGGACUACAACACACUUCCGGAGGUUCAGGUAAGAGAUCCUUCCCCUUCCCUUGACUGUGUUCCUUGGGCCCCUCCUAACGAAUUUGCAGCUGAGGUAGUGACUGACCCCACCUUGCAGGUGUAUAGGGACAAGGUGACAGCAGACACACCUGGGGGGGAGGGCGAAAGGUUUAUCUGGGACAAACAGCUGUUAUAUCUGGAGACGGAUAAGAAGGUAUCCGGGUCAGACCCGAUUGUGAUGAGGCAGUUAGUGGUACCCCAGCGGUACCGGGCGGAGUUACUACGGAUAGCACAUGACAUCCCGCUAUCUGGACAUUUAGGGGUCAGCAGGACCCGGUACAGGUUAACCCAAAGCUUCUUUUGGCCUGGAAUUAGCCAGGAGGUGCGCAGGUAUUGCAACACGUGCGAUACAUGCCAAAGGGUGGGGAAAAGGGGGGACCGGCGCAAGGCCAAGUUACAUCCCCUUCCCAUAAUCGAGGAACCCUUUAGCAGGGUAGCAGUUGACCUAAUAGGACCCCUCAACAAAGCGAGCCCGUCAGGUAAACGAUUUAUCCUGACAGUAGUAGACUAUGCCACCAGAUAUCCAGAGGCGGUGGCCCUGACGAAUAUACAGGCUGAGACAGUAGCGGAAGCCCUGAUGCAGAUAUUCUCCCGGGUGGGACUUCCCAGGGAGAUUGUCUCCGAUCAGGGCACCCAAUUCACCGCCGAAGUCACGCAGCGCCUCUGGAAGUUUUGUGACAUUAAGCCUGUCAUUAGUUCCCCUUACCACCCCCAGACGAAUGGGCUCUGCGAACGUUUCAACGGUACAUUGAAACAAAUGCUCCGAACCUUCGCAGAGACCCACAAGGACUGGGAGAAAUUCCUGCCCCACCUCCUCUUUGCUUACAGGGAGGUGCUGCAGGAAUCCACUGGGUUUUCCCCAUUUGAACUAUUGUUUGGCCGCAGGGUACGAGGGCCUUUAGAUUUAAUCAGAGAGCAUUGGGAGGGAGAACGGAGCACUGACGGUACCCCCAUCAUACCAUACGUGUUGGCAUUCCGAGACCGCCUUGAGGCCUUAACUCAGACGGUAUGCGAGAAUUUGCAGGCGGCUCAGACACGCCAACGCACAUGGUAUGAUCGGGGCGCCAGGGACCGUAGCUUUCAGGUCGGGCAGAAGGUGUUUUAAAACCUGUCCGACACGAUAAGCUGCAGGCCGCCUGGCAGGGCCCUUAUAGGGUGGUAGAACAACGGUGUGACACCACUUAUAUAAUCGGCUCGUGCGUUGGUACUGGGGGGCGACGCAUGCUCCAUGUGAACAUGAUGAAGCCCUACCAGGAGCGCUCUGAGGAAGUGACCGCUAUAUGUGCGCCUAACUCCGAGGAGUUUGACAGUUUGCCUCUCCCGGAUCUGCUGGGAGAGGGUCAGUUAUCAGGGGACUUAGGGGAAGUCACCCUGGGGGACCGGUUGAGCCCACAGGAGCGGAGCGAGGUACAACAGCUGUUGAGGGAGAAGCAGGAUAUCUUCUCUAAUGUACCUGGUUACACUCCUCUGGCCACUCACAGAGUAGACACCCCAGGGCAACUUCCCAUGCGUCAGACCCCGUACCGCAUCCCAGAAGCAGUACGGGCGAACAUGCGCAAGGAGAUCGAUGAGAUGCUCCAGCUGGGGGUGAUUGAGCCCUCUGACAGCCCCUGGGCAUCUCCGGUAGUGCUAGUACCAAAGCGGGACGGCACGACCCGGUUUUGUGUAGACUACCGGAGAUUGAAUGAGAAGACGGUAUCUGACGCCUAUCCCAUGCCCAGGAUAGACGAACUACUGGACCGGAUGGCGAGGGGGCACUAUCUCACCACUAUUGACUUGUGUAAAGGGUAUUGGCAAAUACCCUUGGCGCAAGACGCCAUCCCUAAGUCGGCCUUUGUCACCCCAUUCGGCUUAUACCAAUUUAAGGUCAUGCCGUUUGGGAUGAAAAACGCCCCGGCUACUUUUCAGCGGAUGGUGGACCGCCUCCUGGAUGGGUUCCAAGAUUAUACCUGCGCCUACCUCGAUGAUAUUGCCAUUUUCAGCAAUACCUGGCAGGAACACUUGACCCAUAUAGGAGCGGUCCUAGACAGGAUUAGGGCCGCUGGUUUAACGCUGAAACCAGCCAAAUGCAGCAUCGGAAUGGCUGAAGUACAAUACCUCGGUCAUCGGGUAGGAUGCGGCAAGCAAAAGCCGGAACCAGCCAAAGUAGAGGCUGUAGCUCAAUGGCCUACCCCUAGGACUAAGACUCAGGUACUAGCGUUCCUAGGAACGGCCGGGUACUACCGGAAAUUUGUCCCGAAUUAUAGUGCCCUGGCCAAACCUCUCACCGACUUAACCCGUAAAAACCUGCCCCGCCAAGUAACCUGGACCCCGGAGUGUGAGCAGGCAUUUCAGUUGUUGAAAGAUGCAUUGACCAAUGCCCCUGUCUUGGCAGCUCCCAAUCCAACUAAACGUUUUCUUGUCCACACAGACGCUUCUAUGUUUGGAUUGGGAGCAGUACUGAGCCAAGUCGGGGCCGAUGGCGGAGAACAUCCCGUGGCUUACAUCAGCCGGAAACUGUUACCUCGAGAAGUAAGCUACGCCGCCAUCGAGAAGGAAUGCCUGGCUGUGGUGUGGGCCCUGAAGAAAUUACAGCCAUAUUUGUACGGACAAGCUUUUUCCCUGCUCACGGAUCACAACCCGUUAAUAUGGCUAAACCGGGUGGCUGGGGACAAUGCCCGGCUGCUGCGCUGGAGUCUGGCGCUGCAGCCCUUUGACUUUAAUAUCCAGUACCGCCCGGGGAAACAGAAUGGAAAUGCUGAUGGGUUGUCCCGACAAACUGACCUAGAGAAAUGAUCCGUGAGCCUCCCCGGACAUCCCCAAGCCGAUCCGUGUUGGAUCAGACUGUGUAUGCUGGCUUGUGGGCAAGGGGGAGCAGUGUAGCGGAUGGCACCAGGCGAUCCUACAAAUAUACUGUACAUAACUGCAUUCGUGUAUCUGCUGUGUUUUAUAUGUGUUAAAAAGAAUUGUAUUCCUCUGAUUGUUCGGUAGUUUCAUUCCCUUAGUUUAUUCGAAUGAAACUACCGAACAACCAGACCUCCCCUGUGUGAAGUGUGUCCUCAAUUACCCGUUGCAACAUUGUUGCGAACGGGUAAUUGAAUAGUAAGUAGCCGUCCUUUGUUCUCGGGGGUGGCCGCCAUUCGACAAACGAACACGUGGCGGCGGCCAUUUUAAAACUCCCGAACAGCGGUGUUUUGCCGUCGAGUGUCUGGAACUAAAAUCGGACACUCGAGUAGGCGAACACCGCUGAGACCUCCACAGCCCUGGUCCGUUCGGUUCCAAACUACCGAACGGCCCCUCGUUCGGUAGAUAGAAAAUACCGAACGAGGGGAUUCAGGCGAACCCUCCCUAGCCCCUAUAGCUAGAGGCUUUCGUGUAUUUUGUUCCCUUAUGCCAGGACCGACCGCAGGGCCCAUUCGCAUGGAACCUUAUUCGGCUAUCUCAGUUAGUGCGGUCGGUCAUUUUAUUCCCUCCAUACAUUUCCCGAACCCCUGGUCUGAUCUUGGUGAUUUUUGGAUAUGUUGUUCACCCAGAUCAGGGGUAUGAGGGGAUGUAGGAUUUAAAGAGGUACCCCUACGUUUAGGGGUACAUCCAGAAACGGGGGGAAUUACUGUACUGGAUAAGGGGAUUAUGAUGCUGGCUGAGGGGAGGAGAUGUGUGGGAGGUUACCAGGACAGGAUUGGCUACUGUAAUAAUUACUGUAAAUCCCUCCCUUGCAUGGGAGCAUGCUUUAUAAGGAGACUGUGGAUUAAAAGCUUUCAGUUCUGCUCCUGAAACUGUGUGUCGUCCAGUUAUUGGGAUUGCUGUGGGGAUAUUGCUGUAUUUUACCUGCUGGAAACCUUGCCUGUGGAUUUACUAUUUACUUGUUCCUGAGCCUCACUUGGAUUAUAAGCGGAGAUAACCUGGGUAAUAUUGCAUCUCCGCUACAGUGGCACUCAUAAUUCACAAACUACCUAAUGGUUAGUGCUUCAUUUGAAUUAAUAAUUCAGUGCUCUCCCACACCAAAUUCUCACCAUAUUGUGGUUAUAAAAGAGCAGUGCUUGUUAAGUACUCUCAACAAAGAAAUUAUGUGAAAUACAGAAUCUAUUCCAGCCAUGUCACCCUUUAAUAUAUGUGGUAGGCUGUUUUGUUUGUUCUUCCGUGUAGAUAUUAAAAAUCAUUUGGUUGAUAUAUUUAUCACAGAACCCAUUAUAUGUUAUUAAAGACCAUUGCUAUUUGGGUUUUUCACUCAAGUAUUGAAAGUACAUUUUUAGAGAAUUUUAGCAGAAAACAAUUUUUAAUUUUGGCAAUUCUGCUAUGUUGGCUUAAAAUUUUAAAUUCAAUUUUAAUUUGCACUUAGUGAAUAACCUUUAGAAUCCAAAAAGUACUCUUGUUCUUAACUGUAUUUGGUUCAAAUUAGGUUCCAUUUCUACACCUUCAAAUGCAUUAAAGCUCACCAAGGCCAAGACUACUCGAGCAGUUAUCAUUAUUAUUAGUAUUAUUUUUUAUUUAUAUAGCGCCAGCAAAUUCCGUAGCACUAUAGAAUGGGUGGGCUAACAGCCACGUAAUUGUAACCAGACAAAUGGACGCACAGAAACAAAGAGGUUGAGGGCCCUGCUCAAUAAGCUUACAUGCUAGAAUGAGUGUGGUAUAGUGACACAAAGGGUUUAAGUAGGGGUAAUGAAAUAGGUUGCUAGAAAAGUAAUCACUGAGAACUUAGUAGGUUAUUUUUGACAUUUGCAGGAGAGGAGUGGGGGCGGGCAGAAAUGAAAAUCCACUAACAGUUUAAAUGAUAUGCUUUCCUGAAAAAGUGUGUUUUCAAAGAUUUUUUGAAGGAGUGAGACUGGGUGAAAGUCUAACAGAGAAGGGAAGGGAGUUCCACAGAAAAGGUGCAACCCUGGAGAAGUCUUGGAGGUGAGCAUCAGAUGUGGGAGUACGGACAGAGGAUAGGCAUAGUUCUUUCGCAAGAGCACAGGGGCCUCGACGGGACAUAUUUUCAUAUUAGGGAAGAUAGGUAAGUUGGAGCAGCAUUAUGUAGGGACUUGUAAGCACCAGAAUCUUAAAUUUAGCCCUAUAUCUAACUGGAAGCCAAUGUAGGAACUGAGAGAAGGGGGAGGCGUGGGAGAUGCGGAUGGACAGGAAAAUUAGCCUUGUUGCCACAUUAAUUAUAGAUUGCAGCGGUGGAAUCUGGGAACACGUAAGACCACUAAGAAGGGGAUUGCAGUAAUCAAGGCGAAAAAGAACAACGGCAUUGACCAGCACCUUAGCCGUGUCUGGUGUUAAAUAAGGGUGGAGGCGAGCUAUGUUUUUGAGAUGGAAGCGGCAGGAUUUGGCGAUCGACUGGACAUCAGGGGUGAAUAAGAGGUCGGGGUCAAAGAGAACACCUAGGCAGCGAGCCUGCGAUGUAGAGGUGAUGGUGGCGCUGUUGACUUGGAGACAGACAGACACGGGAGGAGCAACACUUGAGGGAGGAAAGACCAGAAGUUCUGUUUUGGACAGGUUUAGUUUAAGGAAGUGAGCAGCCACCCAGUUGGAAAUCGCAGAGAGACAGUCAGAGACAUGAGUCAAGAUGGGCGGAGAGAGAUCAGAAAAAGACAGGUAAAUUUGUGUGUCAUCUGCAUAUAAAUGAUAAUGGAAGCCAAAGGAGCUGAUGAGUUUACCAAGGGAGGAAGUAUAGAUAGAGAACAGUAUAGGACCAAGGACAGAACCUUGGGGUACGCCAACAGAGAGGGGUUGCAGAAAAGGCGAGCCAGAGAAAGAUACACUGAAAAAGCGCUGGGAGAGAUAUGAGAAGCACCAGGAGAGAGCAGUAUACCAUAGACUGAGAUUACGGAGAAUGAGAAGAAGCUGUUGAUGAUCAAUAGUGUCAAAGGCAGCAGAAAUAUCAAGAAGAAUUAGGAUAGAGUAAUGGCAGCGAGAUUUAGCAGCGAUUAAAUAGUUGGAUACUUUGGUCACAGCUGUUUCAACAGAGUGACGAGCGCAGAAUCCAGACUGAAGCGGGUCAAGCAGAGCGUUGGAUUCAAGGAAGUCUGUCAAUCUCGCAUACACAAUCUCUCAAGGAUCUUGGAGGCAAACGGCAGUAGCGAUAUAGGGCGGUAGUUGGAUGGAGAGUUGGGGUCAAGGUUGGGCUUUUUCAGAAUCGGCAUUAUGGUUGCAUGUGUGAAGGGUGAAGGAUUUGUGCCGGAUGAAAGGUUGAGAUUGAAAAUUUUAUUGAGAGGAAGAGCAAGAGAGGGAGACAGAGUGUGGAUGAGAAAUGAUGGAAUAGGAUCAAGGGAACAGGUGGUGAAGCGGGAGGACCAGAGCAGAGCAGUAAGCUCUUCCGUUGUGGUAAGUGCGAAUGAGCAUAGAACAGCAGAGGGAGUGGGGUUGGGUGAUAUAUUGAAAGGGGAGGGAGAAAUGUUAGAGAUCUCUUCCCUGAUUGAAGGUCUUCUCAGUGAAGUGAGUUGCAAAGUUUGAGGCACACAGGGUGGUAGGAGGAGAGGAAGCAACAGGGCGGAGAAGAGCAUUAAAAGUGUGAAAUUGUCAUUUGGGUUCACGGGACAGUGUGGUUAUGAGGGUAUUCAAGUCACUUACUUUUGCAGUGGAAAGUGCCAGAGUGUAG